AUGGUUAAAGACUGUUGGACUAGGACCUGGGAGAACAGGGUAAAAAAUCCCUAGUCAGCCAUGAAGCUCCUCACUUUGGGCCAGUCACUCUCUCUUAGCCAAACCUCCCUCACGGGUUUGUUGUGAGGAUAAAAUAUGGAGGAGAACCACGCAUGCCGUCUGGGGCUCCUCGAAGGAAACUUGGCAUGUGAAUGCAACAAAGAAAUAAAAAGUGCUAGGGAAGGAAAAUGGAUUCAUUGGACCUGUAAUCUGCCCGCCUCUGCUGUAUAUGGUUUACCUGGGAGUAACUCUGGUUGAAAUCAAUGGGGCUUAUGACUGAAUUGGACAGAAUUGCACUUUCAGUGUCUUAACCCUAGCCGUUCCAUCUCCCCAGGGAUCCUUGGGAACUGUAGUUUGGUCAGGCUGAGAGUCUCUAACCAGAAAGUCUCAGCGUUCACAGUAAACUAUCAUUCCCAAGAUUUUGGGGAGGCAGCCAAUGCAAUUAAAAACUGACAUAUGUUUCUAGUGUAGAUAUGCCUCGUUGUCUUAGCUUGUCUUUCUCUGCGUCUUCAGAAUGCAAGCUUUUUUUCCAAAAAAAAAGCCCACUGCCUACCUACAAAAAGAUGUAAUUUUUUCAUGUUUUUUAAAAAAGAACCUUAUAUAUAUAAAUGGUAGCAAGGAUUAUGAUUUGUGUAUCUGUCCUCAUCUUCCUGUUCUUAUCCCAUGCUCCUGCCGUUGUUACAGUAUACACGUUUGAUCUAGGAUAUUUUAUUUCUUUUAGAACUGUAUAGUCUCUCUCCCCCUCUCUCUCUCUUGCUUUUUUUUUUAAUCAAUUGUAAAUGUCUGGUUUUUUCAAAUAAUGUUUUUAAAACACUGCGAAAGAGGAAGGUGCUAGUUCCUUAGCAUUCUGGAGUGUAUAUUGCUUCUAUUCUGUUUAUAAGUAAAAAACAAAACAAAACUGUGCAUGACUUGUGUUUAUCAGUCAUUAUUGUGUCCGUUUGUGAAAUUUUUAUUAAAAAGGAAAAAAAAAUUCAGUAGAUGCACUUAUGUAUAUGUGAUUAGGGGUUUUGUUUCAUUUUCCCCCCCUCCGUUGUUGUUUCGUUUGGGGAUUAUUAUUAUUAUUAUUAUUAUUUGUUCUUUUUUUGAGUUGGGGCUAGAAGCCUUGAACUGCCAAGGAAAAUUUUAAAUAAGUGGCAGUUAUUAAUUAAUACGAAAUCGCUUUGUUGGGAGAAUAAAUAAAGUAAAAAAAUAAAAAAGAGGUGAUGUGUAGAAUAUAAUUAAAAUAAAAGGCGAUUUUUUUUGCAAAAAUUUCACUUUGAUGCUUGUGAUAAAAAGAUGAAAAACAAACAAUGUACUUGUGUAGAGAAAUUCCUUUAAAAAAAUAAUGACUAGAAAGCGCUGAUUUUGAGGUUAAUGCUGUAGAAUAGGAAUGUAUACCAAAUGUAAUCUUUCCAAUGCUACAACGGAUUUAUACAUGAGAUUGAUAUGCAAUAAACCUGUGUGCUUUUUUAAAGGAUGCUUUUCUGCAUUUUCUUGGGAUGCGUACAAAAUAAGUUGAAUGCAUAAUGAAUACUAUUUACAGUCAUACCUCAUGUUACGUCCGCUUCAUGUUACGUUCUUUAAAGUUAUGUCCCUUGGCGACCCUGAAGUACCAUAAAGGGUUACUUCUGGGUUUCACGGUUUGCGCAUACGCAGAAGCGCAAAAUGACGUCACACGGAUGCGCAGAAGCGGUGAAUUGCAACCUGCGUGUGCCCCGACUCGCCGCUGCAGGUUGCACUCUUUUCAUGUUGCGAACGGGCCUCUGGAACAGAUCCUGUUCGCAACCAGAGGUACCACUGUACUGGGCACUGAGACUGGGGCCUUGGUUUUUGCAUUUGUGGGGGGGGGGGAAUCUGUUUUCUGUGCAGUUGGGACAACAGUCAAGCAACCUUUCUUUUUGCCACCAUUAUAUAUUGUUUGGGACGUGGGUGGUGCUGUGGGUUAAACCACAGAGCCUAGAACUUGCCGAUCAGAAGGUCGGUGGUUCGAAUCCCCGCGACAGGGUGAGCUCCCAUUGCUCGAUCCCUGCUCCUGCCAACCUAGCAGUUCGAAAGCACAUCAAAGUGCAAGUAGAUAAAUAGGUACCGCUCCAGCGGGAAGGUAAACGGCAUUUCUGUGCGCUGCUCUGGUUCGCCAGAAGCGGCUUAGUCAUGCUGGCCACAUGACCUGGAAGCUGUACGCCGGCUCCCUUGGCCAAUAAAGCAAGAUGAGCGCCGCAACCCCAGAGUCGGCCACGACUGGAUCUAAUGGUCAGGGGUCCCUUUACCUUUACCUAUAUCUUGUUUAAUACUCUAUGACUGUGAAAGAAGCCCUGGUUAUAUCAUACCAAAAUGCUCUGUGAGUGGGUACCUGAAGGGAAGCAGUUCUAGGAUUUGGAAUCUCUCCUCAUUGCUGGACUCCUCUGUCUAGAUUUCUUUUGUGUACAGCUUUCCCUACCCCUUGCUAUUUUUGAUAGGAUAACGGUUCACUUCUGCCCACCCACGCUGUUUUCUACUGUGACACACGACAUCCUAUGUUUGCGUUUGCUACAAUUAUAUAAAAGCUUUGUGCCUCCUUUGUUUGAUAUUUGGUCCUUUUGGAGAGAUCCAUACUAAGACUCACUUGUUGCAGCUUUGAAUAUACCUUUUUUUACUUUUCCACCCAUUAUCCCUUGCCAUUGGCCAAGGAGGGGCAGCGUUUUGAGCUUUUGUUCUGGUAACAAAAAUGAACGCAGCUGUUAUGGACAGUGCUUGAGGCAUUGGUAGUGGCGCCCUCCCUGUGGAACGCCCUCCCACCAGAUGUCAAAGAGAACAACAACUACCAGACUUUUAAAAGACAUAUGAAGGCAGCCCUGUUUAGGGAAGCUUUUAAUGUUUCAUGUAUUACAGUAUUUUAAUAUUCUUUUGGAAGCCACCCAGAGUGGCUGGGGAAGCCCAGCCAGAUGGGCGGGGUACAAAUAAUAAAUAAUUGUUGUUGUUGUUGUUGUUGUUGUUGUUGUUGUUGUUGUUGUUAUCUGCCCAACUCAGAAGGCCCGUAAAGAAAAGGUCUGUUGUUGGGAGGAUGAGAAUGCCCACAUGUAGUUCAUUUGCAUCCCGGCUGGAAAAAAAUACCCUAAAUCAGUCAUGUGACCAGACAGAGCCUUGUAGCCAAGGCUUAUCCCCCUCUACAAAAAAGCCCUCCCCUUGUUGAUGACGCAUAAGGGGAAAUGAAUUUGGAGGCAGUGGGCAAAAAUUUGUCUGCAUGUUCUGCAACUCAGUGGUAUGAGCCAGGUAUGAUAAGCCUGUCCCCACACCCCAGAAGUUGCUGGACUUACAUAAUCCAUGGCCAUACUAGUUGGGAGUCCAGUGGCAGUUUGUGGGCCCCAGCUUACCCACCCCUGCAGGGAUGUUGUUCUCUAUACUUUGUUUUAGAAGUAGGCAUGAAGAAGAAGAAGAAGAGGAGGAGGAGGAGGAGUUUGGAUUUGAUAUCCCGCUUUAUCACUACCCGAAGAAGUCUCAAGUGGCUAAAAUUCUCCUUUCCCUUCCUCCCCCACAACAAAUACUCUGUGAGGUGAGUGGGGCUGAGAGACUUCAGAGAAGUGUGACUAGCCCAAGGUCACCCAGCAAUAUGGAGGAGCGGGGAAUCAAACCCAGUUCACCAGAUUACGAGACUACCACUCUUAACCACUACACCACACUGGCAUGGUUCUCUGACACAGGGAAAACCAUGCUUGGGAGCACAUAGGUCGCCAUUGCAUGUUAGCUUGAGAGACGGUGACUGGCACAAGGUUACUCAAUAGGUUUUGUGGCUGAAGUCUGACUCUAAGCACUACACUGCACUGUUAGCCGGGGUCCUGGGAAACAGGUGGCAUGCACCCUGGGGAAACUGCAUUUCCCGGGGGCACUCGUACUUAGAUUGCUGCAGUGAGUUCCACAUUUAACUCCCAUUUGGAAAAACAAACAAACACUUUUUGCAGAACUUUGUAGCUCUUGAAAAACCGAAACAGGAGAGGAUGAGGAUGGAUACCUUUAUAUGCAUAAGCACUAGCUGUGUGCCAAAGCACCACUUAGGCAGCGAUUGCAUUUGCAGCGUGCUGCUAAUUGUGACUGCAAAUGUUUGCAGGCUCUCCCAUCACCCGAAUUGCUGCCUCUCAAUACAGUACAGUAUGCCUGCAAUUUACGCAGGAGUUCCGUUCCAGGGAUCAUGUCUAAAACCAAAACUGAGUACAGUGGUACCUCAGGUUAAGAACUUAAUUUGUUCCAGAGGUCCGUUUUUAACCUGAAAUGGUUCUUAACCUGAAGCACCACUUUAGCUAAUGGGGCCUCCCGCUGCUGCCGUGCCACCAGAGCACAAUUUCUGUUCUCAUCCUGAAGCAAAGUUCUUAACCCGAGGUACUAUUUCUGGGUUAGCGGAGUCUGUAACCUGAAGCGUCUGUAACCUGAAGCGUCUGUAACCUGAAGCGUAUGUAACCUGAGGUACCACUAUAUAGUCAAAACACAUUGGGCGCAAUGGCGAGUGGGAUUGGCAUAGUUCUCUCUCUCCCCCCCUCCCCUCCGACACCUCCCCGCCCCUUUCUGGACCCUCUCAAUUUAUUUAUUUUAAUUGUCAAGUUUGUAAAGAUGAAUGCCCACGAGUUAAAUGCAUGUAAGUUGCAAGUGUACUCAAGGCAAUGAGCAGCAUCACCCAGCAGAGGGCGAGCUGCAGCUGCAGAAUCUGGGCUUUGCAGCCGCGUUUCCAAGCUGUCUGAUGCACGGGGCCCCAAAUUUCAUGCAAUGUUAAGAGUUCUGCGAUUUGAACUCCCAAUGGCAUUUUCCUUUUCAUAAGAGUGUAAGAAGAGCUCUGCUGAAUCAGGCCAAGGGACCACUGGGUGCAACAGCCUGUUCUCCCAGUUACCAACUAGAUGCACCUGGCAAGCAGGACCUGGGCCCAACAGCAUAUCUCUCCACCUGCAAUUCCCCCAAACUAGUAUCAAAAGCCUUAGAUACCCUAAGUUACUCUGUUUUAUUUCUACUUUUAAAUUUUGGUUGGUUUUUUAAAUCUUUGCUCCUGUUGGGUUUUUAAUGUUUUCUAACCAAUUAAUGAUCAGAAUAAUAAAUCUAAUUUAAUUAUUGCUGUGCACUUUUUAUGCUGGUAUAUUGCUUAGUUGGGAUGUGGGUGGCGCUGUGGGUUAAACCACAGAGCCUAGGGCUUGCUGAUCAGAAGGUUGGCGGUUCGAAUCCCCGCAACAUAGUGAGCUCCCGUUGCUCGGUCCCUGCUCCUGCCAACCUAGCAGUUCGAAAGUACGUCAAAGUGCAAGUAGAUAAAUAGGAACCGCUCCGGCGGGAAGGUAAAUGGCGUUUCUGUCCGCUGCUCUGGUUUCACCAGAAGUGGCUUAGUCAUGCUGGCCACACAACCCAGAAAAACUGUCUGUGGACAAACGCUGGCUCCCUCGGCCAGUAAAGCGAGAUGAGCGCAGCAACCCCAGAGUCAUCCACGACUGGACCUAAUGGUCAGGGGUCCCCUUAUUGCUUAGUUGCACUCUUCUUGUCAGGCAGAGUUCAGUUGCUUUUAACUACACUGCUCUGGGAAGGAAGUUCUUCAAUGAGAGGGGUAAUGCACUGUUCAAAUAAAUAAAGGGCACUACUAAUUUAGGUCCAUUAAUUGCAGUGGGUUUACUCUGAGCAGCAGUGCCGGAUUUAUGUAUAGGCUAAGUAGGCUGAAGCCUAGGGCCUCUAAAUCUAGGGGGGCCCACCAGCCUCCUGCUCCCCAGCGGGCAGUCUCCCCUCUCCCAAAAUUGCAAACCCAAGACUUCAUGCAAGGGCAGGGCAACUCGGGGCUCUAAGUCUAGGGGGCCCCACCAGCCUGCCCACUCCCCAGUGCCGCAGUCUCCCCUCUCCCAAAAUUGUAAACCCAAGACUUCAUGCAAGAGUAGGGCAACUCAGGCCCAGCAACUAUUAGACUCAGGGCUAGCCAGUGGGGCCCAAUUGAAGCAGUGGGGCACAACUUGAAUUUUUUUUUUAUAGGGCCCCAGUUCACAGCCAAAUUCUGCAAAAUCUUAUAGAUAUAAAUAAAAUCCAUCUAGAUUGCCCUGGUGCAGGGGCCCCCUUAGGAGCGGCCCGCGGGGCCCAAUUUGGCCCAAUUGCCUUAAUGCCAGCCCUGAUGAGACUGUGCAGGGGUUGGACUGACAAGCCCUGCACCUUCUAGGUCCCUGGUGUCACCAUUCAGAGUACAGACUCAAGGACUUGUUAUGGAAAUAAAGGGGGCGGCACUUAUUGGAAAUCAGUUUUGUCACCUCUUCCCCCCCAAACCCCAAGACAAUGAGCCCAGCCACCUUUUAUUCACAGUCGCAUAAGCACUACACUAUAGCGUGGCCAUAAACUUGUACAUUCAAUAUACACCCAAAAUGUAGCAAUGGAGAUUUAUGUUACUGCUUUAUGAAUGAACACUGUGUUUUAUGAAUGGCCGAUGGCCUGCCCACCUCUGCUAGCCUCUGGAGUAGCCUGCUCGCUAAAAGGCAUAGCUGUGGAUCCUGAAGUUCUGGGUUUGAAUCUCACCUCUGCCAUAAACUCAAAUAACCAUCUGGCUUAUUUACUAUGCAGCUUUUCGUGAACGCUGAAGACACACCUCUUUACCUUUGCUUUUUGACCCUUGUGAUAUGUGUUUUUCAGGACCCACCCUAUUCCUAGGAUGGGUAACCUGUUUUAACUCUUUUUAAUUCUGAAUUUUAAAUGGUUGCAACCCACCAUGGGGCCUAAUGGUGAAGGAUGAAAAAUAAAUAAAUAAUAUGCAAAAGAUGGCAUGGGGCUCUGAAAUCUGGGAGAGCUGCUGCUAGUCAGUGAGGACAUUAACAAUACUGAGCUAGAUAGACUCGGUAUAAGGCAAACGUUCGGAGGCGAAGCUAUGCAGGUUAAGGGACCCCUGACCAUUAGGUCCAGUCGUGGCAGACUCUGGGGUUGCGGCGCUCUUCUCGCUUUAUUGGCCAAGGGAGCUGGCGUACAGCCUCUGGGUCAUGUGGCCAGGAUGACUAAGCCGCUUCUGGCAAAUCAGAGCAGCGCACGGAAACACCGUUUACCUUCCCACCAGAGCGGUACCUAUUUAUCUACUUGCACUUUGAUGUGCUUUCGAACUGCUAGGUUGGCAGGAGCAGGGACCGAGCAACGGGAGCUCACCCCGUUGCAGGGAUUCGAACUGCCGACCUUCUGAUUGGCAAGUCCUAGGCUCUGUAGUUUAACCCACAGUGCCACCCGCGUCCCUAUGCAGAUUAGGACACUGUAAAAAACACAAGAAUUAACAUUGAUUUGAAAACAUUUUAAGCCCAUUAAAACCCUUUGCAACAGUAUCAGGAGAGUCUAGACCCACGAAAGCCCAUGCCAUAACAAUUUAUUAUUAUAAUUAUUAUUUUAAUUGCAACUCCCAGCGUUGCGUUUUGCUGGUUAACCGGGCAGGGGGUUGAACCUUUUGUAACUUGACGCUGCGUGGGAAUCUGCCCGGCCUGGAAGAGUUAAAGGAAGUUCAGAGGAAGUCUUUGGGACGCCCAAGCCCCGAAGGGCAAGGCAGGCUGGCUGCAGGAGAGACCGGUCGGCUCUUGCGCCCCAGCUGGAGAAAGAGAGCCAAGUGGGAGGGCUUGCCCAGGUGCACUUCGAUCUCAGGCUCCUCCUCGGAGGGUGGAGCCCCCCUUCUCAGGCGACACCUGUGCUUUUCUUUUCUUGUCCCAGGCCGAGGACGAUGGCGCCCCGUUGACGCUGGAGACGGAGCCCCAAUGGAGACGUAAAGAAGGUGAGCGCGUUUGGAGAAAGGCGCGCACUGGCGCGCGCGGGUUUGUUUUGGGUGUGUGUUUGUGAGCGCGUGGGAAAGUUAGCUCGCUGGUCAAAGGAGGACAAGGCAUAGUUUGCCCACUUACUUCCUUACUGGGAGGGAGGCUCCUCGCAUCUCUCCCCCACCCCAUCCCGCGCGCCUUGAUUAUGGGGAGCUGUGAUUUGGAGUUGCGUGGCUCCGUUUCAAAUCGUGGGCGUUCAGGCAGUCACCUCCGCGGGUCGUAUGUAUCCCGCUUAGAAAAGGGCGUCCCAGCAGUUAAUAAAGCAAAGCUGCUUCGCAUGAUGCAUUCUGCACUAAGGGAACAAAUCAGUGAAUUGUAGAGUUGGGGUGCACCAGAGGGUCAUCGACUCCGACCCUUUGCAAAUCCUGGAGGGCGAAAUCUAGGCUAGCAGGGGUCCGAUCCUUUUCCAGGCCUGGAUCUUCUAAUUUCAGCGGGUCUACCCUGAGCAGGGAUCCCGCAGGAUACAGGCCCUUGUUGUUGAUAAGAGGACUUCCUUUUGCGGAAGGCGGCCCGAGGAUCGCAUGCGUGGCGCGCGGCGUACAAAGGGUUAAAAGGAGAUUGGCUGGAAAAUUGCAACAGGCACCUUUUGCUCUGACGUAAGCGGUGCAUCGUCGAAGUGGAACUUACUCCUGAGUCUGAGUCCACACUGGAUGGUGGCUCGCGUGUGGCGUGGAGGGGGCGGGCUUCUUGUGCGUGAUGACCCAGCUGAGUGCAAUCGGAUUUACUCGAGUAAGCAUAAUAGAGGAUUGUAAUAUUUUAUUUAGUAAUUGACGAGUGUAGCUUUCCUGCGUGUAAUCCAUGUGUAUCCACUGCACGGUGGGUGGGGGGCGCAACUGUUCCCCUUCCCUCCCCCCCCCAUCCCAGAUAUCCCAAAUAGAAACAAAUAGUAAAUUUGUAGAAUCCGUGAAAUAAAGCAAAAUAUGUAGACGCUACUCUCUCUCUCUGUGUGUGUGUAAUUAUCCCCUCUCGCUUUAGGUGUUCUGUUUCUCUCCCCGCCCCCCCCCCAAAGGAUUGCAGGUGCCCAUGGUGCAAUCCUGUGCAGGCCCAGUGAAUACUUACUCCCAAGUAAAAAUGUCUAGCACCAUGCUGCCUCUCUGUCACCUAGGCAUAUUUGGGAGUAAAUUAAGUCAGACUGAUUUAAGAGUGAACCUGGAUAGGGUCAGCCUUCAGAGAAUAGUUUGGGGAAACCAAGGUCUCAAACAAAGGAAUCUGAUUGAAAUCCAUGGACACUGCUGGGGGUGGGCACUGUUAGGAUCAAGCUUUUCAAUAUUUAAAGUGCUUUGGCUGGAAACGGGUUGACUAAUGAAAAGCUUACAAGCUGUUUAGGCUUGCUGGCAUUCUCCCGGGUUCACGGAAGGGCUUGAAAGUGAAACUACAGUGGUGCCUCGCAAGACGAAAUUAAUUCAUUCCGCGAGUUUUGUCGUCUUGCGAUUUUUUUCGUCUUGCGAAGCACGGUGUCGGGAAAGUUUUGGAAAAGCUUCAAAAAUCACCAAAGUCUUUAAAAACCCACCACGUUCUAUGAGUUGCUCCUCGAAGUCAAGUCGCAACUGUAUUAACGGUGUUAAGAAAAAGGAAACAAACUUGCAAGACAUUUCCGUCUUGCGAAGCAAGCGCAUAGGGAAAAUCGUCUUGCGAAGCAGCUCAAAAAACGAAAAACCCUUUCGUCUAGCGAGUUUUUCGUCUUGCGAGGCAUUCGUCUUGCGGGGCACCACUGUAGUCAUAUCUGGUUGUGUUCAAGGUUGGUCCUACUUGGAGCAGACUCACUGAAAUCAAUGGACCUAAGUUAGCUAUGUCCAUUAAUUUCAAUGGAUCUACAGUGAGUAGGGCUAACAUUGGAUAGGAGCUAUAACCGUAAAGUUUACCUCCUUCCUGAAAACUGAUUAUUUCCAGGUGACCUAUUUAAUGAGCAUCUAUCCUGAUUCCUUUGCACAAAAUUUGUGGGGAGGUUAGAUAGCAAUGGCUAUUUGUUGAGUACUCAUUCUGUUUCUUUUGCAAGGAGGUUAUAUGACAUUGAGUCAAGCCCAGUGCUAUUUCACACUUUCUGGUGCAUUUCCACCUCGCUUCUCUUACCAUGAAAAGUCCAAAUUUUGCAGGGAAGCAGGUUUGUUGAGAGAGCCAAAUUAACUUGAAUGGUGCAACUCUAAUUUGCUGGCACAUGAUGGAAUCACACCCAGAAAUGGUGAAUCUGAAAGUGUCCUGGGAGAGUACGAUAGGCCUUAUCCUGAGUCACUCAGACCAUUGAUCCAGCUAGCUCAGUAUUGUCUACAUUAACUGGCAGCAGCUCUCCAGGGUUUCAGAAAGGGAACAUUUUCGGUCCUGCCUGGAGAUGGUGGGAAUUGAACCUGUGACUUUCUGCAUCCAAUGCAGAUGCACUACCCAUAGAACCAGGCUUUAAUUUUCAUCUGAAAGUGGUUAUUGAAACACACCUGGCUGCUAGUCCUGUAUGGCUAGCUAGCUGAUUCCUGCAUUGCAUGGCCCUUUGAGUCCCUUCCGUCUCUACAAUUUUAUGAUUCUCUGAUUCCGUUUUUAUUUAUUACAUCCUGCCUCAGGAGUUGAUGCUAGCCAGUUUUGCCUGCAUGUUAUUUUCCCAGCCUGGCUCCUGUGCUUUUGACUGCGGCCCAUUACUUGGAAAUCCAACAAGACAAAUUGUUAGAAUCAGCACAGUGUAGCACUUAGAAUGUUGAAAGCCCUUUGUAUACAUGACUUAAGUAAUUUUUUUAAUGACAACCCUGCAGGAGGAGUCAACAGUAUGAUCCUCAGAAAUAAUAAUACCAACAGAACUGCCAGCAGGUUCAUAGCAAAUGAGAAAUUUGAACCGGGAACAUUCCCGCUUGUGUGUUCAGCCAGCACGUGGCACUAACUCUCAUUGAGGAAGCUAAUUGUGCCAGCAUCGCUCUGUGUGUCCCCACCACCACGGUUGAAAUUAUGUGCAACUAGGGUCAGAUGGGAUGCGGGUAGCGCUGUGGGUUAAACCACUGAGCCUAGGGCUUGCCGAUCAGAAGGUUGGCGGUUCGAAUCCCCGCGACAGGGUGAGCUCCCGUUGCUCAGUCCCUGCUCCUGCCAACCUAGCAGUUCAAAAGCACAUCAAAGUGCAAGUAGAUAAAUAGGUACCGCUCCGGUGGGAAGGUAAACAGCGUUUCCGUGCGCUGCUCUGGUUCGCCAGAAGCGGCUUAGUCACGCUGGCCACAUGACCCGGAAGCUGUACGCCGGCUCCCUCGGCCAGUAAAGCGAGAUGAGCACCGCACCCCAGAGUCGGCCACGACUAGACCUAAUGGUCAGGGGUCCCUUUACCUUUAGGGUCAUGUAGAGGACGGACACCUCCUACAUCUUUAAUAGUUGGGCAGAAGAUGGAGUUUCUGCAGGUGUACCUUGUUACCUAGAGCUGAUUUGUUCUUCUACAUAACUAUUAGAUGCGGGGGCCCACCCAACUCUGUUCCUCUUUUUUGCAUUUGCCCACCUUAUCCAUAUCCUGAUCUUGGCCUUGACAUCAUACAAUCAUGAAGUUGGAAGAGACCCUGAGGAUCGUCUAGUCCAAGAUUUCCUGAAUUUGAGUCUUGCUGCUUUUUGUUUUCUUAACUUGUGUGUUCUCUGUCGCUGCCUGCUCCGGCCGUGCCCCAACCUGCCAACCGAGAAAUCAAAGGGUGUUCCUGCUCCUUCAGGGUUGGAAGGAAUGCUGGUGGAGUAAAUAAUGCAAUCUACCUUGCACCCUAGAUAACAUGUCUCAACAGGUGUGGGUUGUAAAUAAAGAAAUUUCCAGGCAUUGCACCAAAUAGCUGCAGUUCAUAGCUUCAUCAUCAUCAUCAUCAUCAUUCCUCCUAGGAGUUAAAGGUAGCAUACUUUGUUUUAUCUGUAGAGCCCUUAAGAAUUCAACCUCUGCUUAACCUGGUGCCUGCUUUCCCAAACUCACCUGCCUGUGGGCAUGGAAAGGUGGAUCAGCCUGAUUAAAAUCUGUGCUAUGAUAUGUGUGAAAAUCCAAUUGUGGCUAUUCUCGGAGAACAAUUUUCAAUGGCGCAUUUCAGGAACAACGAUGAGUGAGAUUUGUGAAUUAGACGCAAAAGCAGCUCCUAUAAUUCUUUCAUGUAUUAUUUCUUCCUCUGCAUGCCCUCAUUCAUAUUAAAUAAUCAGGGGUCUAUGGUUUUUGGGUGUAGCAAUUAGAGCCUCAAACCUGGGAGACCAGGGUUCAAAUUGCCCACUCAGCUGUUAAGAGAGCCUGGCUGCUUGAUCAAGCCAGUGACCAAUCAAGCCCAGCAUCUUGUCCCCACAUAGGCUGCCCAGAUGCCACCCAGGGAAGGCUACAACUGAAGCACGGCUGCUCUCUUUUCAUUUGAUGCCCAGAAGCUGCCAUUCAGAGACAUUCCGCCUCCAGCAGUGGAGGCAGGACACAGCCUUUGUGCCUAGUAGUCAUGAAUUUCCCUGGUUAUCUUGUGCCAGUCAACAUCUCUCAGCCUAACCUACCUCACAGGGUUGUUGUGAGGAUAAAGUGGGGGCAGGGAGAACCAUGCACUGCAUCUUGAUCUCCUUAAAGGUAAAGGGACCCCUGACCAUUAGGUCCUGUCGUGGCUGACUCUGGGGUUGCGGUGCUCAUCUUGCUUUCCCGCCAGAGUGGUACCUAUUUAUCUACUUGCACUUUGAUGUGCUUUCAAACUGCUAGGUUGGCAGGAGCAGGGACCGAGCAAGGGGAGCUCACCCCGUCACGGGGAUUCGAACCGCCGACCUUCUGAUUGGCAAAUCCUAGGCUCUGUGGUUUAACCCACAGCGCCACCUGCGUCCCCUUGGAGGGAUAUAAAUAGUGUUGUUGUAGCAUGCCUGUACAUUUCUAGAGUCCUUCCAAAGGAAGAAGGAACGAAGGGGGAAACUUACUGCAUCCUAGCCAGCAUGAAAACAAUGCUGUCCUGGGAUCCCUAAAUAUCUUUAAACUAGGAGUUGCAUUCAAGGCAUCUGGAACAGGAGCUCCCCGCCCUUUUACAGAGACAGUUGAAUUAAGAAUACCUUUUUGUGCCCCAACCCGCUAUAGAAAACUGGAAUAGAAUACUAGUUGGAAAUCAGUUUGAAAACUAAUCCAACAGGUUGGGCAGCCUUUUUUCCCCCUAGUCUUUGCAAGCUGAAAGAGUUCCACGGCCUCUGUGUUUAACUUUUUAAAAAACAGUCUUGUUAUGAAAUUGACCGCUUCAAUGGGAAUGAAUAAGCAACAAGGUGCCUAUGAAAUCAUCCUCAGCAAAGGUUUAAUACUAUGCUUUGCUAAUAUUUAUGUGGCACUAUGCACAGGUGAUUUUAUGACCUAUUAACCACCCAAAUGAUGGUGCUGUUAAAGAAAAAAACACCCCAUAAAGGUACAUUUUUCCACUUACUGUAGGAAUGUCACUCAGCAGCAGCUUUUGGGGAGAUGUUGUUCCUAGAAAUUAAUUUAAGAAGAAAGCAAGAAUUUAUGCGGGUUCCUCUCUUGGUGAUGUGGGGUGGGCCAAAUGGAAGAUGGCUUGGAAAGAAUUGAGUAUAUUUAUUUAUAGAAACAUACAACUGUAGACUUGGAAGUGACCCCAAGGGUCAUCUAGUUCAGUCUCCUGCAAUGCAGAAAUCUCAACUAGAUUGUACGUGACAGAUGGCCUUCUUAUGGUUGUCACAAGAAAAGGAAAUACCGUAUUUUUUGCUCUAUAAGACUCACUUUUCCCCUCCUAAAAAGUAAGGGGAAAUGUGUGUGCGUCUUAUGGCGUGAAUGCAGGCUGCGCAGCUAUCCCAGAAGCCAGAACAGCAAGUGGGAUUGCUGCUUUCACUGCGCAGCGAUCCCUCUUGCUGUUCUGGCUUCUGAGAUUCAGAAUAUUUUUUUUCUUGUUUUUCUCUUCCAAAAACUAGGUGCGUCUUGUGGUCUGGUGCAUCUUAUAGAGCGAAAAAUACGGUAUUUAGACAGAUUACCGUAUUUUUCGCCCCAUAGGAUGCACUUUUUCCCCUCCAAAAAUGAAGGGGAAAUGUGUGUGCGUCCUAUGGGGCGAAUGCAGGCUUUCGCUGAAGCCUGGAGAGUGAGAGGGGUCGGUGCGCACCGAUGCCUCUAGCUCUCCAGGCUUCAGGAAGCUAUCCGCAAGCCUUGCAAGCCCAGCAGGAGUUCCCGCGGGCUCACAAGGCUUGCGGGCAGCAGCCUGCAGCCCGAAGCACGGGGCGCCCUCCAGAGGGCUCCCCGUGCUUUGGGCGGGUGUCCGCAAGCCUUGCGCACACGGCAGGAGGCUUGGGGCGGCACCCUGUGGAAUAAUGUUUCCGCCUGUUGGAAUAAUGUUACUAUUUGGAAUGCUUAGUAACUUUAGCUCCAACUGAGAAUAUCAUAAGACAAUAUCCUGGUACAGUCAAACCUCAUUUUUCGAUUGUCUUCGUUGCUGAACAUUUCGGCUCCCGAACGACAGAAACCCAGAAGUAAGUGAUCCGGUUUCCGAACGUUUUUGGAAGCCGAACAUCCGACACGGCAGACAAGCGGCUUCCGAUUGGCUCUUCCGGUUGCAAGAGCCAAUCAGAAGCCAUGCCUCGGAAAUCGAAUGUUUCAGAAGUUGAACGUCCUUCCGGAACUCAUAACGUCCGACGUCCAAGGUACCAAUGUAUUUUAAAACAAUUUUUUUCAUUUAAGUGUUACUACCUACUCCAAAAUGAGUAAGAAAUAUAUUUUCCUCAGAGAUUCUGAAUGAAACCACCCAAAUGGUCUCCACAUGUUUAUUAUGUCAUGGCUUUGGCAGAUUCAGAUCCCUAGAGACUCCCAUAUUUUGUUUGCUUCCUGUGCUGGAAAACUGCAUCCCUGAUGCUCUCUCUCCCUUUCUCCAGGCCCCACAAAUCUGCAGACGGCGGCGCCAUGUCUCAGCGCCAUUCGACCGGCUCCUUGGGAGACAAGGCUGUUCUGCUGGAGCACCAGGUCAGCUCGGAUUUGCGCCUCAGCGCCAACAAUGUGUCCCCACACAGCAAGCGCAGCUCCCUGGGCCCACUGGACAGCUCUGUCUUCUUGGCCGAGCGCUCCCCAUCGCCCACUGGGCCCCGCCGGAUCGUCCUCAGCACCCAAAGCCCAGUUGCCCUCAAGGUGGGCACCCAACAGCUCAUCCCCAAAGGCCUGGCGGAGGGUCCCAAGCCCAAGGUCCCCUCUCGGCACCAGAGCUUCUCAGCGGCCAUCUUAAGCAAGGAAGCCGCCCGAUUGGAUCCCAAGCGCAUGUCAGCACCCAGCAUUUCAUUUGAAGACCUGGAGGAAGUGGAGCUGGAUGGAGGGACGCUCAAGCGCAACCUCCGCAGCAUGUCGUACCGGGCCGCCAUGAAGGGCCUGGGGAACGGCGAGCCCGCAGAGCCCUCCAAGUUCAUUGGGGGUGGCCUGAAGCCACUGUGUGAAGAAACCAAUGGCCAAGGAGCCCGUAGCCCUGGAAGGCAGAAGGUAGGUCCUUUGUACUGCCACUGGCCCUCUAGAAUAGCCUAGAAUUAUAGGCUAUUCUAGGGACACGGGUGGCGCUGUGGGUAAAACCUCAGUGCCUAGGACUUGCUGAUCACAAGGUUGGCGGUUCGAAUCCCCGCGGCGGGGUGAGCUCCCGUCAUUCAGUCCCAGCUCCUGCCCACCUAGCAGUUCGAAAGCACCCCUAAGUGCAAGUAGAUAAAUAGGUACCGCUUUAUAGCGGGAAGGUAAAUGGCGUUUCUGUGUGCAGUGCUGGUGCUGGCUCGCCAGCUGCAGCUUCGUCAUGCUGGCCACGUGACCCGGAAGUGUCUUCGGACGGCGCCGGCUCCCGGCCUCUUGAGCGAGAUGAGCGCGCAACCCUAGAGUCGGACACGACUGGCCCGUACAGGCAGGGGUACCUUUACCUUUUUAUAGGCUAUUCUAGAGGGCACAGUGGUAUAUAAUCAACUGUUGUUGUUAUUUAUUGCAUGUCUAUUCCACCUUUUUUCUCCAUGGAUGGAUCUCAAGGUGGCCCGCUCUUUUAUGCGUAAUAAUUUUUUAUUAGUUUUCAGUUACCAUGAUCCAAUAAAAGCCUCAUUGUCACAAUACCAAAUUAUAAUACAACCAAUAAUGCCAAUUGUUCAUAUGCCAAAUUAUGUUAGAAUUGAUGGCUUGAUAAUUUACUUUAACAAAAAUUUUGCAUUCCAAAAAUUUAUAAAUCCCAAUUACAAACCAGUCAAAAUAACAAACCCUUAUACCGCAGCUGCAAUUUUAACGACUUCCAUUCGCAUUAACACAUCAACUAAUUUACAGUCUUACAGGUAAAGCAUUCAAACUCUCUCUUUGUUGUGUUUUGUUUGUGGCUAUUAUUCUGCCCAUGAUGUUUCUUCCCGUCCUAGUACUGUAUUAUGUCCACCUUUUGUCGGUUGUUGCUGUUCUCCACCAUACCUUAGGCGGAGCUAGUAUUCCAUUGCUGUUUCAUAAGUUCUCCAUUGCACCGUUCCAUCGUGGUCUGCUCUUUUAAUCUCCACCACAACCCUGUGAGGUGGGUUAGGCCAAGAGGCAGUGACUCGCCCAAGGUCACCCAGUGAGCUUUAUGGCUGAGGGGGCAGGAAUUGAACCCUGGUCUCUCCUUGUCUGAUACUCUAAUCACUCCACCCUGCUGGCUCUCAUUUAGCAGGGAAGCUGGCGAUGUAUCUUCAGUUGUUGUUGGACUCAUAAUUUCCAUCAGUCCCUAGCCAGCAUGGCUUACGGUCAGGGUGGCAGAAGUUGUAGCCUGCUGUUGCUUCCUUCUUGGGCAUGGCUACCCCUGUUUUAAUGGGGUUAUGAGCACUUCAGCGGCUGAUUUGUCCCAGUCUGAAACUGGAGUAGAGUUGGGUGGAUUCCUUCCAUUCACCCAGAAGAUGCUUGAGACUUCAGGAGUGUUUCAGGUAGACAUGCUGAAAGCCCCAUAGUGCCUUCCACCCUAUCUCAGGAAAGGGGCAAGCUGAGCUGCUUUAGACCUGACAGUGCCACCUUCCCCAACCUGGUGCCCUCCAGAUGUUGAGGGACUCCAAACCAUGGCUUGCCAGUGCAAUUGGUCACUCAGACCACAGUUUGGAUUCUGAAGCCCGAGAAGUACCCAUGAUUUGCUGAGAUCCCUGCAUUGCAGGCUGUUGGAAGAUAAGACCCUUAGGGAAGGGAGGUCCCUUCCAACUCUAGGAUCCCACACAAUGAAAUUGUAUUGUGAGCUGCUGAAGCAAUGGUGUGUUUGUUUCUAAACUGUUAAAGCUUGCAUCCUCACCCCAAAUGCUUUUAUUCCAGAUUGGACAAAUGCAUUCAGAGCUCCAGUUUGGCCGCAGCUGGCCUGAAUUACUGCCCUGAUUAGCUGAGGCCUGACCAGCGGAAGGUCAGAGCUCAAACUUGAAUUUUAAAACAAAACAAGUUAACUCUGUCCGUUCCAGAAGUGAGCAAAGCAGCCUGCUGUCUGAAUGCAGGAUAUGGUCUGCCUUUGAUAGAUCCUAGGGAACUGGGGAGUUAAUCACGCUCUCUAUUUGAAGAUGACUUUGGGGUUUCUAUCAACUUUUCCAGGGAGAUUUGGAGUGAAUUGGAAAGGGGAGGGUGAAGCACAGGGGCGGACCGUGUCAGCGCAAGAGUCCAUGCAACUGGGCUUUUCUCUCCUGGAAACUUGGAAGGAGAGGGCAAUCUUGCCGUGGAUAUGUGGCAGAGUUCAUGCGCUCCGCUUAGAUUUUUGAAGGACCACAAGCUGCAGAUGUGGCUUGUAUCAGAAAAUGGAAGCAAGGGUGCCAAUUUGUGAUUUUUUCCCCAAUGGAAAGUGCUGGCUUAAGUGCAAUUCACAGCAUUGGUUAUGACCCUAUGUGCGCCUACCUCCUUAUAUGAGCCUGCCCAGGCUUUGAAAUCUUCUGGAGAGGCAUGAGACAAGGACUUCUUGGUGGCUGUUCCCAGAUAGUGAAACUCCCUUGUAUAGGAGACUAGCUCCUCUCUGCUUUCCUUUCAGUAGAAAGCAAAUACUUUCUUUGUUCAGAGAGGUCUUUGGCCAGUAACUGACUGUUGUGGCAGGGUCUUCUGAAGGGAGGGUUGUACAUUUUUGUUUUUGUUUUGGAUAUGUGUGUUGUGCUUUUAAAUGGUUUUCAGUGUUGGCUGUUGUUUAAAUAGGGUCAUGCAUUUAACUGUUAAUUACUAUUUAAAUGUAUUGUGCAUUUGUAUCUGAAUCUCUUUUGAUGUAUUCUGCGAAUCACUUUGGGUCCUGCACCUGGGGAAAGGGUAUAUAAAUACUUGAAACAAACAAACAAACAAACAACAAACAGAUGUAGGAGGAGCUGUUAAGAGCCAGGAGUCUCAACGACCUCUGGAGGGCAUCAUGUUAGCAACCCUUGCUCUAUGUUUGGUGAACUGGGACCCCCAGUACGGCACACCCUCCAACCACCCCUGUUUGCCCAGGAUAUUCCCAGAAUUACAGUGGUACUUCUGGUUGCGAAUGGGAUCCGUUCCGGAGUCCCGUUCGCAACAUGAGCAGAACUCAACCCGCAUCUGUGCUUGCACGGGUCGCGAUUCGCCACAUCUGCGCAUGUGCGUGACGUCAUUUUGCACGCAUGCGUGAGCGGCGAAACCCGGAAGUAACCCUUUCUGCUACUUCCGGGUCGCUGCGGGACGCAACCUGAAAAAACGUAUCAUGAAGCAAACGCAACACGAGGUAUGACUGUACAGAAGUCAUCCUGGUUUCUGAAAUGAUCCUGGAAUGUCCUGGGGGAUGAGCUGGCACUGGCGCUUGUAGUUGUGUCAUGCUCACAUGCACGUCAGCAACACCUAAAGAUGCAUAUACUGCCUGGCCCUUUCUGCUCCCUUGAGAUUUACCUCUUGCACCCAGCCAGGAAUGUCCAUGAUGUGGAAGAGGUGGUGGCGAUCCAUCUGAGGGUGCAAAGUAGGGCUUGGAAGGUGAGUUCUGAGGGUACUCCUGAAGAUCAGAGAGAGAGAGGCUUGAAGGACCACUUUCACGCCCUGGGCCUGAUGUUCACCACCUCUGGCCUAGGUUGGUAGGUAGGUGCUGCAGCUGCUGUUCUGUCUCUCACCACAAGAGGCAGCAGCAAGUAGACCAAGGUUUGAGUCCCGACAGCUCUUGACCUGAGAGUUGAUCAUCGGCUAUGUGUUGCAACAAGACCCAAGGUGGGUGGGAGUUGAGUAUGGGGAGCUGCUGCAGUGAUAAUGUUAGGGCUGUUGGGGGCAAAGGUCCCUGGAAAACUAAACAAAAGCUUGAGUCACUUUGGAACUUGGAUUCCCCCACCCCCAUCCCACACGUUGAGAAAGUGAAACUGAAAUAAGGCAAAGAAGAUCACACACCAAAGUGGCAAGGUGUGUGUGAAAGACACACAUUGACCAAGAGGUUAUGGCCCUGUGGGAAAGGCCUUGGUUGUGUCGCUUCCUCCUAAGGGUUAAGAAGCAAGGCAAGGGAUCCUUUCUUGCGUACUGUGCAACAUUUCUCUGAUGAAAAUAGGGACGUCUUAUUCCAUUGCUGCUGCUGCUGCUGUUCUAUUUAUGCCCCGCUCAACAUGGCAGAGCAUGUUUCUUGCAUGCAGAAUAUCCCCAAUUCAGUCCCCAGCAUCUCCAGGAAGGGCUGGGAAAGGCUCUCUUUCUGAAAUGCUGGAGAGCUGGCAGAACUGGGCCAGUGGUCUGACUCUGCAUACAGCAGCUUCCUAUGUUCCACCUCUCUUAGACUGCAAGCCUAGGCUAGAAACUCCUUAAUGCUGAACCCAAACCUUUGUGAUGUUUGUUUGUCGCAGACCCCUUUCCUCUCUGGACUCUGCGCCUUCUUCUUGUAUUGUAAAACGCCGCCCGGUAUUUAUCCAGAGAAAUGCCUCGUUUUUUGAAGUGGUUGUUUUUGUUUUCAAACUGGGUCUGCAAAUUUGACCGCGUACAUAACUGCCGUUGCAACAUAAUUCUCUGGCUGGCAAUUGUUUCCCUCGGCUCAAAUCCGGAUGAUCCUCUUAGGACGUUGUUUGUACAUAGGUCUGAGCCGGCCGUGGGGCGGAGAAACACGUGGGGGGAAGGAGCAGCAGCUGAAUCUACGAAGGAGCUUGGCUCUCAGUUGCUUGCUCAGACUUCUGGGAGUCCUGAACAAGCAAGAGUUGUUCAAACAAACGGAGCAAGAUCACAGAACUGUAGAGUUGGGACCAAGGAUCAUCUAGUCCAACCCCAUGCAAUGCAGGAAUCUCAACGAGAUCAUACGUGGCUGAUGGCCUUCCAAUCUCUGCUCAGAAACGUUGAACGAUGAUUGGCAAGGUUCAGUCAUUGCUAAUGUCUAGUAUUUCAUAGUGCUUUGGGGCAGGAAACUUUUUUUUCAGAUUGAGGGCCGCAGUCCCUCCCGGGCAACCUUCUGGGGGCCGUAUGGAAAUGGUGGGUGGGGUGAGAGUAGACUUUACCUUUGUACUGUGAAGCGCUCUCCCCAGAGAGGCUCAUCUGGCAGCAUCAUUGCAUGUCUUUAGGCACCAGGCAAAAACUUUCCUCUUUACCCUGGGAUAUUUUGAAAAAAGCGUGGUAUAUAAAUUGAGUAAACCAAUAAUAAGAAUAAGAAUAAGAAUACAGUAGGUUUGUUUCAUCUCUCUCUCUCUCUCUCUCAGGAGGGAGGAAGAGGAUGGGAACAAAACUAGAAUUACCGUAUUUUUCGCUCUAUUGGACGCAGUUUUUCCUCUCCAAAAAUUGAGAGGAAAUGUGUGUGCGUCCUAUAGAGCGAAUGCAGGCUUGUGCCAUAGCCGCGCGCAACCCCUCCGGCAGGGAGAGGCUGCACGGGGCUAUGGCUUCUUUAGCCCUGCGCAGCGUCUCCCGGCAAGGAGAGGCUGCACGGGGCUAAAGGGGAAGGCAAAACAGCGAGCGGGAUCCAUCCCGCUCGCUGCCUUGCCUUCUUCCAUAGCUGCGCGCAACCCCUCCGCAAGGAGAGGCUGCACGGGGCUCGGGCGUCUUUAGACCCACGCAGCCGCUCCCUGCAAGGAGAGGCGGCACGGGCUAAAGGGAAGGCAAAACAGCGAGCGGGAUCCAUCCCGCUCGCUGCCUUGCCUUCUUCCAUAGCUGCGCGCAACCCCUCCGCAAGGAGAGGCUGCACGGGGCUAUGGCUUUUUUAGCCCCACACAGCCUCUCCCUGCAAGGAGAGGCUGCACGGGCUAAGGGAAGGCAAAACAGCGAGCGGGAUCCAUCCCGCUCGCUGCCUUGCCUUCUUCCAUAGCUGCGCGCAACCCCUCCGCAAGGAGAGGCUGCACGGGGCUAUGGCUUCUUUAGCCCCACGCAGCCUCUCCCGGCAAGGAGAGGCUGCACUGGGCUAAACGGGCAGCCAAGACAGCGAGCGGGAACCAUACCGCUUGCUGCCUUGCCUUCUUCCAUAGCUGCGCACAACCCCUCUGGCAGGGAGAGGUUGUGUGCAGCCUGUACGCUGCUCUUUGGGGCUGGGGGGGAAAAAUAUUUUUUUCCUUGAUUUCCCCCCCUAAAAACUGGGUGCGCCCUAUGGUCUGGUGCGCCCUAUGGUGCGAAAAAUACGGUAGUUGGCUCCGCAUGUCUGUUAUUGGCUCUAGCGCCACCUGCUGUUAGUCUCCCUGCCUUCCAGCCCACCAGUACAAAUGGGCAUCAGCCACUACUGUCUGCAAUAUGAUUUUUUUUUUUUUUACAUGUUGUGUCUGUAUAGCUGCUUAUGAUCGCCCCCCUCUCAUUUUCUCUCUCUGUUUGACAGAGAACCUUUGGUCGGAAGCGUAUGAAUCGGCAUGGAGGUUCCUUCAAAGAUGGUGAGUAGAUGGACCAGGAUAUUCCAGGGCACCCCUAGUCAGACUUUGGAUUGAUCCUGGGAAUCUUCCCUUUGCAUCCAUUCCAUAACAGGACUUCUUAAAAUAAGACUUGGUUCCUAUGGGAGCAGUUUCACACAGGCAGUCAACCCCAAGGUGCCCAAAUUUUUGGCAACAGGAAGUAGCAACCUGGCUACUCUUACAUCAGUUCAGCUAGGGAUCCUCAGGGCUGUGUCUUGUGCUAGCCCCCUACUCAGAGUAAACCCAUUGAAAUGAAUGGACUGCUGAAAUGAAUUGCUAACUAGGGUCCAUUAAAUUCAACAGGUCUACCCUGAGUAAAACUUAGUUGUCUGCAACCCCCUCGCUCGGGUAGUUGUUUUCUGCUGCUAAGGACUCACCAUGCCUAGGAACAUGUGAGUUCUUGGUGGGAAUUACAAGUGAAAGCUGCAACAAAAUGUUGCAGUGUGGAGUGAUUGUGUUAAGGGUGCCAGGCAGUUGAACCCUCUUCCAGGAUACUCCAUUCCAUCCCCCCAUUCAGUCAGGCAGCCUUCCAGGGUCCAUUCUCGUGUCGUUUGGGCUAUUUUUGCUCUUUCUUUCUCUCUCUCUCUCUCUCUCUCUCUCUCUCUCACACACACACACACACACACACACACACACCUUUAGCUUGUUAACAUGGGUAGCUGCAUUUUCCUGAUUCAAACCCCUGUUCCAUCCAGCUCAGAAUUAGUUAAACUGACUGGCAGCACCUCUUUGGGGUUUUAGGCAAGGGACAUCCCCAGACCUACCCAGAGAUGCUGGGGAUGGAACCCGGGGCCUUCUGCCUGCAUAGCUGAGACUCGGAUUCCCCUUGAAGGUUUUCUUCUCCCUAAAAUAUAUUGUUUAAUAUACUUGAGCAAACCUUGUUUUCUCCAAAUCCUUCUGAUGCUUGCUUCAUAAAAGAUAUCAAUGCAGAAGAACGAGUUCACUAUUACUGCAUAGCAGGGGCAGCCAGUGUACUGUGAAACCCGCAGAUGUUUUGGGACUCCCAGCUCCCAUUAGCCCCAAAUGGUGAGAGAUGGUGGGAGAUGUUGUUCAGGAACGUCUAGAGGGCCCCACAUCAUCCCCUCCUGGUAUAUAAGAUUCCUACAGUGGUGCCUCGCAAGACGAAAUUAAUUCGUUCCGUGAAUUUUUUCGUCUAGCGAAUUUUUCGUCUUGCGAAGCACGAAAUCCCAUAGGAAUGCAUUGGAAAUCAAUUAAUGCGUUCCUAUGGUCAAAAAAAGUCCAAACAAAGCCAAAUUUGGUACAACAAGAGUUUAUUAAAUGCUCUUUAAAGUCACACAUACUGUAAAGAGCAUUUCAAAAUUCAAACCCAGAAUUUUUUUAAAAAAACAGCAGAGUUGCCCAAUGGUCACAGAAAAUCAUAAAAAGGCAGAAAAAAACACACAAGCUUCCAGAUUCUUGCAAACCCCUCCCCAACUGUUCCCCCCAGCCACCCAGCACACAGAAAUUCAAAUCCAGAAUUUUUUUAAAAAAACAGCAGAGUGGCCCAAUGGUCACAGAAAAUCAUAAAAAUGCAGAAAACACACACACAAGCUUCCAGAUUCUUGCAAACCCCUCCCCAACUGUUCCCCCAGCCACCCAGCACACAGAAAUUCAAAUCCAGAAUUUUUUUAAAAAAACAGCAGAGUGGCCCAAUGGUCACAGAAAAUCAUAAAAAUGCAGAAAAAAACACACAAACUUCCAGAUUCUUGCAAACCCCUCCCCAACACCAAGUCCUUGAAUUCCAAACACCCCAACCCAAAAUCCAAACCCCCCCAAAAAAAGUUUUAAAAGCUUAACUCACCAAAUGGCUGCAAAAGAAGUUUUGGAAAAGCUUCAAAAAUCACCAAAGUCUUUAAAAACCUCCAAAAGGCUACUAUGUACACUGCGUUCUAUGAGUUGCUCCUCGAAGUCAAGUCGCAACUGUAUUAACGGUGUUAAGAAAAGGAAACAAACUUGCAAGACGUUUUCGUCUUGCGAAGCAAGCCCAUAGGGAAAUUCGUCUUGCGAAGCAGCUCAAAAAACGGAAAACCCUUUCGUCUAGCGAGUUUUCCGUCUUGCGAGGCAUUCGUCUUGCGGGGCACCACUGUAUUGGUAAUGUGCUUCCAUAGCGUUAGCACAUAGGUUGGGAAAACGUGUGUCUUUGGGGAGCAAAGAGUUACCCGAGGUUUCUCAGCAUUGCUGAUCUGCCCCACUUCUCUAUCCCAGAUCCCCGCCUGUAUCAAGAGAUUCGCGAGAAAGGUCUCAACUCCAUCAGCCACGAGUCAGAUGACGACCUCCUAGAGGUGGAAACCAUCCCUGAGGAACCCCCUGCCACAGAUUCCUCCACCAUUGUGGUGAAGAACUACCGGCCUGCUCACAUGACCUGGAGCCAGCUGCCAGAGGUAGGAAAGGGAGAUCGCUAGAGGGUGAGGGAUCCCGUCUUUCAGAACAGCAGCUGGAAACCUCCUUGAAUCAGGCCCAGUAGGCCUUCCCAGUUGCUCCAUUUUGGCCAGAACAUGCCCACCCGCCCUGCACAUGAUGCCAUGUAUGAUGAUGACAGCUGUGGAGCAGGUAAAGGCACAGCAAGGAUGAAAUGCACUAGCUGAUCAUUGACGAUUUUGUACAUGGGCACAUGAUGUACCAGUGACAUCAAGUGAUUGAAAGGCCGCUGGCCCCACCCAUCUGUGGUCUGUGGUCCACAAGAGGGGUCCUUCUGUUUUUGAAGGACAGUCAGUUUCUUCCAUUUCAUUUUGGGUACCUACGGAGCUACCUUAUAGAAAUACUUUUCACGCCACUGGUCGGUGAAGCUCUGCACUUGUUUGCAUUUAUUAGCCCUCAACUUUCCUAGCUUCUGCAGGGCUGUUUUGCAACAUUGUUGUUGUUUAGUUGUUUAGUCAUGUCCGACUCUUCGUGACCCCAUGGACCAGAGCACACCAGGCACUUCUGUCUUCCACUGCCUCCCGCAGCUUGGUCAAACUCAUGUUUGUAGCUUCAAGAACACUUUCCAACCAUCUCGUCCUCUGUCGUCCCCUUCUCCUUGGGCUCUCCAUCUUUCCCAACAUCAGGGUCUUUUCCAGGGAGUCUUCUCUUCUCAUGAGGUGGCCAAAGUAUUGGAGCCUCAGCUUCAGGAUCUGUCCUUCCAGUGAGCACUCAGGGCUGAUUUCCUUAAGAAUGGAGAGGUUUGAUCUUCUUGCAGUCCAUGGGACUCUCAAGAGUCUCCUCCAGCACCAGAAUUCAAAAGCAUCAGUUCUUCGGCGAUCAGCCUUCUUUAUGGUCCAGCUCUCACUUCCAUACAUCACUACUGGGAAAACCAUAGCUAUAACUAUACGGACCUUUGCAACAUAGCCCACUGAAUAUAAAUGUGGUGCCAAUGAUGUAGGGGGACCAGGAGGGUUCAUAAAUGAGUUGCCGCUCCUUCAAAUGAGUUCUUUCUGACAGUGGGUCUCUGGGAUCCUUCCCUACUACUGAAAAUAUAGCAGUGUGGAUGCCAGGCAAGACUUGUUGGGGAGAGUACUACAACUGGGAAAGACCGUCUUGCUGGUUUGCCCCCUUCCUUGACUGAUGGCCUCGGCACAUGGGCAGUUUGAUGUGGGAACUAUAUGUGCUCAAGCCGCAGAAUGCUGUACUGGUAUACACCAACACUGAAUUCUCAGAAGUGGAGCAGCAGAAGUCAUAACUUAGUGGUAUGCAGAAGGUCCCAGGUUCAAUCCCCAGCAUCUCCAGGUCAGGUUGGGUGAGAUCUCUGUCUGAAAUCCUGGAGAGCCACUACAGUGUUCUAACUCUGGAUUAGGGAGCGUCCUGUGUUCCAGGAAUGUACUUCAGGUGGAUUUCUUCUGCCUCAGUCAAUAUUUGCACACCUGUCUCCCGCACCCUUUUCGACAUGUGUGUUUUGGCUACUGUGUGACUCUCAAUAGAAGUUCCCCUGCAGCAGACAGAAUUGCCUUGGAGAAAUGGAUGGUGCAACAUUCAGUUGGGAUGAUGUGACCCGAAGGAGUGGCUUUGCCCCUGAGGCUCACCUGCCUUUUCUUAUCUGACCUGGUAUUGUCCUCCUCCACUUUUUUAAAAAAACAACAACUAAACAUUUCCUCCUGAGAUGGUUCCAAAGUUCAUCUGCUUCACCUGGCAGGAGUUUGCUGAAACGCAGCUCUGAUGUUUUUCCGCUUUUCUUUUCAAGCUUUGUCUGGGGGCGUUGCAGGUGAGAGUGGAAACUCCCUGAGCAAGGAGCUCCCUAGUAACUCUACAAGCGCCACGUAAUGUUUGUUCUGCAUUUGCAAGGAAUCAACCCAUUAGUGUGGCCCCAGGACUCCCUGCCCAUUGUUAUUAGGCUGUAUUGUUUUCUGCACCUACCAAACCCUUUCUAGCCUCCCCAGGCAUGCAUUUUGCUAACAUGUACUUUGAUUAUAUAUGUUUUAACUUUUCAGAUUUUAUUUGUAUUUUGAUUAUAUUCUAUGUUGGCUUGUUUUUAAUUUUUGAUAUAAUUGGCAUUUUGGAAGGAAUACGUUGCAUUGUUUUAUUUAAACCAGUAAAAGUAGGGGGAGCUUUUUCAGCCUGAGAGCCACAUAGGCUUCUGAACAAUGUCCUGAGGGCCAUAUGGUGGGUGGGGCCAGAGGCUAAAGUGGGAGGAGCAACUGAUGCAAAUUUUACCUUUGUACAGUAGGCUGAUUUCUACACACUGCCAGUCUCCCUCCUCCAUCCAGCUAAACAAGAGGCAUGAUCAGAGUUCAAGGGCACAUUCCAGCCAGGCAAAAACACCUAAGGAGAAGGUGAAGCAAGGCCAACUAGGGGUGUGGCCUGGGGAGUUCCAAGGGCCAGACGGAGCUGCCUAGAGGGCCACAUCCAGCCCUAAGCCUGAUGUUCCCCACCCCUGGGUUAGAUAUUUUUUAUUGUUAUAUAAAUAAAUAACAAAAAUAAUGGGGAACUCAAUCUGGCUUGUUCAGUGUGAGUGACUUAGCUCUGGGAUAAUAUGUAGUGGCAGUGAAGAGGGGCAGAUUUGUUUUGUCUUCAAUACUUCGUAGUUUCAUUGCUGUAACUUUUUUCACAUGCUCUAAAAACAAAAGAUGGAUUCUUUUUCUUCUUCAUCAUCAUCAUCAUCAUAAAAUGAGUUCUUAACAUAAAAAUGGGCACCCUGUAAUCCUAUAACCACUUACCAGGGAGGAAACACCAUUGAAUUCUAUGUGACUUGCUUUUUUUUUUUUUAAGUGCCCUUCUUGCACCCCCAUGGCCACUUGUGGGGUCCUUGGUCAUGUGGUUCCACAGAAGGGAUAUCUGAAAACUAUCAAUGAGUCUGCAAGUCACUCAGAAUUUGUCUUCUGCAGGUGCAGGAAGCUGGAAUCCUGGAGCAGAUAUCCCCAGAAGAGCGCAAACGGCAGGAGGUAAGGGAAGCUAGGAGGCUCAAACAAGGUUCCUGCUUGGCGUUAGAAGAGUAAUGUAUUUUUCCCCAUGUAUUUUGGGGGACUCCAAAUUAAUGGGGGGAGAUUAUUAUUAUUAUUUUUAGGGGAAAUUGUCAAAAUUCACUCACCUGCCUGACCUACGCUGCGAUUUGCACGCGACGCCACUAAUUAUCUCCGGCUCACGGCAGCAACCAAUCACUCAUCCCCACAAUGUGGAUAACGUGACCCCCAAUUUUUAAUAUAAUUUUUAAGGAAGAAAAGCUUGUCUUAUACAUGGAAAAGUGCAGUAUGUUGCGCAAAAUGCUGUGGAAAUUGGAGAAGUGGCAUGGUUUUGAAUGCCUUGUGAAUUCUCCUAAACAACGAGUUCCUUUCAAGCUGCUGUGUCUCUCUUUAUUCCCUGCUUAAGAUUACCGUAUUUUUCGCACCAUAGGACGCACCGGACAAUAGGACGCACUUUGUUUUAGAGGGGGGAGAACAAGAAAAAAAAAUUCUCCCCCUCUCUGCCCAGCGCCCCUUCAGCGAAGUGGCAGGAGGCGCUGUGCAGAGAGGGGAGAACUUUCCUCUCUUGUUUUCCCGCUCUAAAACAAGGUGCCGUUAAGGUGCGUUCAGGCGGCCACCUUGGAAGCCUGGAGAGCGAGAGGGGUCGGUGUGCACUGACCCUCUCGUUCUCCAGGCUUCAGGUUCCUUCGACCUGCUCUUUGGGGCUGGCGGGGAAGCCCACCACCAGCCCCAAAGAGCAGUUCAGGGAGCAGCGGAAAGGCGCAGCGGAGAGGCUCCUGCCAUAGCCGUGCGUCACCUCUCCAGCAGGGAGAGGGUCGCGGGGGGGCUGCUUUAGCCCCGCGCGCGCUCUCCCGGCUGGAGAGGUGACGGGCGGCUAUGGCAAGAGACUCAAUAGCCGCGCGUCACCUCUCCAGCGGGGAGAGGGUCGUGGGGUGCUUCUUUAGCCCCGCGCGUGCUCUCCCGGCUGGAGAGGUGACGCGGGGCUGUAGAGGCUCCUGCCAUAGCCGCCCGUCACCUCUCCAGCCGGGAGAGGGUCGCGGGGGGCUGCUUUAGCCCCGCGCGCGCUCUCCCGGCUGGAGAGGUGACGCGGGGCUGUAGAGGCUCCUGCCAUAGCCGCCCGUCACCUCUCCAGCCGGGAGAGGGUCGCGGGGCUAUGGCGUCUUCGCUCCAUAGGACGCACACACAUUUCCCCUUCAUUUUUGAAGGGAAAAAAGUGCGUCCUAUAGAGCGAAAAAUACAGUACUUCGCUUAAUAGUCUUAUAGAGGACUUCUCUUCUUUUCCCUUUCUCUUUUAUUUGUUAGUCACUUUUCUGAAGGAGGGACCAUAAGCAGCUGACAUUAAAACCAAUAAGAACACGCUGUGGAGAUUUAAAAAUACAGACCAAACAGAUCAGGACUUGCAGACCCCACCCCACUAAUGUCAUGUAAAUAGAAGAGUCUUUGCCUAGCACCUGAAAAUUGACCAGAGAUAGCUUCAGGCGUGCCUCCCUGGAGGGAGAGGAUUCCACAAGUGGAGGGGGCCACCACCGAAAAGUCCCAGUCUUCUGUUGCCACCCUCUGAACCUCCCAUGGAGGAGGGGCACUUGCGAAGAAGAGCCUCAGAUUAGGAUCACAGGGUCUGGCUCAGUUCAUGGGGCAGGAGGCAGUUCCUGAGGUCCUGAGCCACAUCAGGCUUUAUAGGUCAAAACUAUGAUUUUUGAAUGGAGCCAGGAAACAAAUGCAGUCAUGCCAAAAUCAGUGUUAUGUGUUCUGACCAUGCUGCCUAGUCAACAAUCUGGCUGCUGAAUCGUGUAUUAACUGCGGUUUCCAAAUCAUCUUCAAAGGCAGCCUGACAUAGAAUGCAUUGCCAGAACAUAAACAAUAAAUGUCAGAUCGCUAAAGUGGGUUGCUGGAUUUUUUUGCGGGGAGGGGGAUCUGCCUCAUCAUUCUGGAGAUUAGAGCCCCAGAUUUUUGCCCACAGUUCUAUCCAGAUGGCACCAUUAAUGGUGCCAAUGUUGGUGGCUGCAGACCAACAUCUGAAAAUGCACCCCUGCCACAUAGCUGGAUGAACAGCUCAGUUGGAAGAGCAUGAGACUCUUAACCUCAGUGUUGUAGGUCUGACUUACACAUUGGGCAAAAGAUUCCUGCAUUGCAGGGGGUUGGACUAGAUGACCCUGGGGGGUCCCUUCCACCUCUACAGUUCCAUGAUCAGCUAUGAUCAACAAUCAGCUUAAAAGGGCUGUCCACUCAUGUUCACCUUUCUGUCUCUCCAUCCUUUCCCCCCUGCAGGCGAUCUUUGAGAUCAUUACCUCUGAGUAUUCCUACAUGCGCAGCCUGGAGAUCCUGGUGAACCACUUCAUGAAGUCAGAGGCACUGAAGGACACUAUGAAUCAGACGGAUCACCACCACCUCUUCUCCAAUGUUGGGGAUAUCCUGGCUGCCAGCAAGAGGUAAAUCUCAAACCUCAGGCUGCUGCCUGUGUGGUGUAGCAGUUAUAACAGGCUCCCCAUCCCUGAGUUAAGAGUGUUGAACUUGGUGACAACCAAAUUUAUAUCCCUGCUCAGCUAGAAAGCAACACUGGGUGACCUUGAGCUGGCUACUGACCUUUUUUGACCUACCUGGCAAGGUGGUUGUGAGGAUUCCUCCAGAGAUCCUUGAAGGGAAGGGUAGGAUUAAGAUUAGCGCCAUCACUAAGCAGAUGGUUCAUCUCUCCUCACGGUUGGCACUGUUCAGGCUAUAUAGAGAUUUAGAUGUAGAAUCGGACAAGAGUAUUGUUAGCCCAGAAAUGGAAGCAAGAAGAAAUCCCGAUGAAAGAAUAAUGGCAGACAAAAUUAAUGGACUACGCAGAAUUAGAUAAAAUGACAGGAAGGAUUUGAAACCUGCAAGACCAGAGAUUCACAGAAGAUUGGAAGAAAUAUACGAACUAUUUGAAGAGCAACUGUAAUGAAGAAAUUUUAUAAGGAGAAAUACAAUGGUACUUCGGGUUACAUACGCUUCAGGUUACAGACUCCGCUAACCCAGAAAUAGUACCUCGGGUUAAGAACUUUGCUUCAGGAUGAGAACAGAAAUCUCACGGCGGUGGCAGCAGGAGGCUCCAUUAGCUAAAAUGGUGCUUCAGGUUAAGAACAGUUUCAGGUUAAGAACAGACCUCCAGAAUGAAUUAAGUACGUAACCAGAGGUACCACUGUAUAUGAAAUAUUGCAAAGUAGAGAAAGAAUAGAGAUAUUAAUUAUGAGAUUUAAAUGUAAUAGUGGAAGUAAGAAAUGUAAAUUAAGUGAAUAGAUUGGAAAAUUUUCAGAUGUGAUUGAUGAAAGUCAAAAAAAUUGAAUAAGAGUAUGUUUAAUUAUUGUUGAAAAUGAUAUGCUGAAAAAUUAAUAAUAUAUAUAUAGAGAGAGAGAGAGAGAGAUUUAGAUGUAGAAUCAAAACACAAAGAAUUUCCGGGCCCCUUUUGGUAGCAGCCAAAAACCAUCAACACUGGCAGCUAGAAGGACUGUUCACCUUUGGAUCUGCUUAACUGUUCUGGGCACCACAGUUUAAGGAGGAUAUUGACAAGCUGAAACAUGUGCAGAGGAGGCUGACCAUGAAACUCAGUUUCUCAACCUCCCUCUUAUUUAUUGUACCUCUAGCUUUUUUGAGGACUUGGAGAAAAGGCAUCAGGAGAACGUCCUGAUCCCGGACAUCAGCGACAUCGUAGAGACUCACGCAACUAAUAAUUUUAAUCCAUACGUCAUCUAUUGUUCGAAUGAAGUCUACCAACAGAGGACCCUUCAGAAGCUGUUGUAAGUGACUGCAGUCAUCCUCCGCCCCCAAACUUAAAAGAUUAUUUAUAAGCUUUGGUGUAUUAAAGUCCAACCCAUGUGGCUUGGUGUAGAGACUUAGAAUCUUGCCCCUGCUAUGAACCCAAGUGGCCUUAGCCUUCAGUCUCCUCCAUCUGCGAUAUGGGAAUAAUAACACAAACAUGCCUGGCAGCUCUAUAGUUGUAUGAUUCUAAGUAAGUUAUAAGGGAUGUGGGUGGUGCUGUGGGUUAAACCACAGAGCCUAGGACUUGCCGAUCAGAAGGUCGGCAGGUUCGAAUCCCUUCGACGGGGUGAGCUCCCAUUGCUCGGUCCCUGCUCCUGCCAACCUAGCAGUUCGAAAGCACGUCAAGUGCAAGUAGAUAAAUAGGUACCGCUCUGGCAGGAAGGUAAAUGGCGUUUCCGUGCGCUGCUCUGGUUUGCCAGACGCGGCUUGGUCAUGCUGGCCACAUGACCUGGAAGCUGUACGCCGGCUCCCUCAGCCAAUAAAGCGAGAUGAGUGCCGCAACCCCAGAGUCGGCCAUGACUGGACCUAAUGGUCAGGGGUCCCUUUACCUUUAAGUAAGUGAUACUGAAUGCCAACUUAAUCCUACUCGGAGUAGACCCACUGAAAUUAAUGACCCUAAGUUAGUCAUGCCCAUUGACUUCAGUAGGUCAGCUCUGAGCAGGACUAAUUUGGAUUCAACCCUUAAUCCAAGGUAGGUAGUUUCUUUCACCAGGAGGUGACUUGGUGUGUGUGUGUAUUCAGGUUAUCCAUUUAAAGUGUAAAAAGCAUGCAUUGCAUUGGUCACAAGAAGCUAAAGUGGUGUUUUCUGUUCUGUUACAGAACCACGAGUCCUGCCUUUAAAGAGACCCUGAAACACAUUGAGCAGAAACCAGAGUGUGGCAGCCUUCCUUUGAUCUCUUUCCUUAUCAACCCCAUGCAGAGAGUUACUCGCCUGCCUCUUCUGAUGGAUGUAAGAGCAAGCGGAGGGGCACACUGUUGUUGUUUACCUGUCUGUCGUCCGUGGGGGGGGGGGUUGCAGCAUUAAAACACAAUAUUAAUGUCUACCAUUCAUCAGGCUGAAAGCUGGGGUUCUUUCCUCUGACCUUCGAACCUCAUUAACAGGCCACGCUGCUAGACCCUGGGGAGGAAGCUGUUUAUGCUUCUCAUUCAUUCAUUCAUACCUGACCCUUGGCCCCAGAUUUACUGGGCCCCUCACUGAUCUGCAUGUUCUUUAAGAUUGCUACAUGUUUCCGAAGAAAAGACUGAAUGAUAUACCUAAAAUCCUGCAAUUCUAAUAGUAAUGUUCUGUGUGUUCUGAUCAGAUCUAUUCUACUUGGUUUAGGCAUUUACCAAAACUAUACGCAAACUGAAACACAGUCAUCCUUCAAAAUUUGCUAUUCUCCAUCCAAACAAUAUUUCCAGAAAUUCAUGUGUGCAUCAUGAUACAUUUAUUCAUGAAAACAACAUAUAACAAAAUACUUUCUGUUAGGCAAAAAAUGCAUUGCAAAAAAAGUGUAUAUUAGAGGAAGUAAGGUGGAAUAAUUAAUGAGAAUUAUUUUUAAAAUUGCAUAUUGAUGUAGAAUUGUGGCAAACUGAGCUCAAGAUUGGGGUGGGGGGGAAACCCCGAGACUAAAAUUGGCAGAUAUGCCCCUCCCUUAGCUGAGUGGACUGUCAAGAACAGGUUGCAGGUUGGGACAGCCAAUAGUUUUGGAAGGGGGAAAAAAGUGUUGUGGAUGUUCUGUUCCAUUUCAGACUGUCUGCCAGAAAACCCAGAUGCAUAGUAGAGCUUAUGAAGCAGCGACUCAGGCUUUGAAGGCCAUCAGUAAGGUAAGAGACUUUCUCCAGCUCUCUUUGUGUGAUCACAUUUUUUGAAGAAUGAAACGGGCUUUUCUGCAGUUAGGAAAGUGAUGGGAGGCAAAUUGGUUGAGAAUUUUGUUGAGAAUUGUGAUUUGCUUGUAAGGUGUUUACAUGUCUUCCCAUUAACAAACACCUUACAAGCAAAUCAGGGUGAAUGUUUAUUGCCAUAUAACCCUCCUGAAAAUGGGAACAAAUGCUCCAUAGAGCAAAUUGGAAUGGAUGCUCAAUAAGGACUGGACAUAGUCCAUAGUCUAACCUCCACUUAAGCUUCCCGCAAGCAUAUGAGGAUGAAUGCUCCAUAAACUGGUUGUUUGGGGGAGCCCCAGAAUUGGUCACUCAAUGUUUAAUCUAAUGAAGGAAAAAACAAGGAGAUGCUUUCUUGGCAGCUAGGGCUUUCAUGUGUGGUCUGGAACCAAUCAAUAAAUUCUGAUAGAAAAAUUCAUCUUAUCAAGGCCACAAUAGUUUUCAAGAGGCGUCUGAAAUUAGGGAAGGGCUGUUCCUGUCAAACCUCUAACAGGAGAUUGCCGCAAGACACACUUUAGCAACCCAUUCCUCUAAUUCAGUGGUGUCCAAAAAGAGGGCCAGAUUUGAUGAAGUGAAGGGCCAAGAGGGCCGACCAGGAUUUUACCCCAGGAAAUAAACCGACCGGUGGGCCAGAUUAGGCCCCCAAAACAGGCUUUGGACAUCCCUGCUCUAAUUCUAGCAUUUGGGGUUUGAGUGCUGUUGCAGAUGUAGCUAAAACUGAAUUACACAUGUGCAAAAAGUGGAAGGAUCAGCAAACUCUGGGGAAUCCCAACUUUUGCAGAUGUACCCAACCCAUACCUGUCCCCCCCCCCAAAAAGGGAGGAGGGAAGCAGCCCAGUGAGGACUAAGCAUGUUCAGUGAGCAUGGAAUGCUGACUGAUGGACUGGAGGGGGGAGACCUAGAAAACCAGGUGGGAUGGAAAUAGAAUGCAGCCGAAGUCAUGGAAUGGAGUGUCACAAGGAGGGUUAGGGCUGGCAGGCUGGAGAGGUGCACAGAAGCACCCCUGUGUUGCACUAUUAUUAUUUUUCCUGCAGCUCCCACUUGUGCAGGAGAUGACGAUAGAGACAAUAUUGCAUUUACAAAAGUAUGUUUCUGCCUCUCCUUUACACCCCAGCUCGUGAAGAGGUGCAACGAGGGUGCCCACACCAUGGAGAGAACCGAGCAGAUGUACACGUUGCAGAAGCAGCUGGAGUUUGGAAAGAUCAAGGUGUGAGAUUUGGAAGGUGUAAAUCUUUUUCCCCCAGCGCGGCUCUACCCCUUAGGCUUGAUGGCAAGUUGUGGCAUACCGGUUGGACUUAGGGGCCUGCGAAUCCUCCCUUGGUGACCUUGGGCCAACUGCUGUCCUUCUCCCUAACCUACCUCACAGGGCUGUUGUGUCUAACUCCCUUUUAAAAACAUCCAAGUUGUUGGCCGUUGCUAGAACUUCACCUUUACACCCAGAGAGCCCACCUUGUUGCUAGGCCUUGUGUUCACCUGGGCCUUUUGGAGACAAAAGGAAGGGAGUAUUUUGAGGAGGGGCUGCUUCUCAAGUUGGGAGCGGUCUGGGGAACAGUGCCAUUUUGGAUUUGCCCCUGGCUAACUCUGAAUGUAUCUGGUUCCAUGAUGUACUUGUUAUAACCCUUUGGUUGAAUUUGCUAUAUUGACCAAUGUCACCCUGGGUCUUUCCCCAGAACUUCCCGCUGAUUUCUGCUUCCCGGUGGCUGCUGAAAAGGGGUGAACUCUCCAUGCCUCUGGCAGAAGAAGGUGGAAUUUUCCGGAAGGGCUCUGGACGUGGGAACUGCUAUCUCUUUGUGUUCAAUGAUGUCCUGAUCAUCACCAAGAAAAAGAGGUGUGAGAGAGGCCAUUUUUAGUGGAACAAACUUCACCUCACGUAGGGGGGAUUUUAUUUUGUGCGUGAUUUUUUUUUACCUCAUGAAGUCGCUCGCAGUGCACUUCAACAAGGCUCUGCUUCAUUCAUUUGGCAAACACCAUCUCAGUCCCUGAUGAUGCCUCUUUUAAAAUUAAUAUUUAUAGCAAAUUUAACACAGAAAUAAAAACAGAGGGAAAAUGGGAAAUUAAAAAAACCCUCAUCAUCUCACGCUGAAAAUACAAUAGCCAUUGACACAUCCAUCUUAAUUUAAAAUAUGCAAAUCUGUGUUAGCCAUCCAAAUGUCCAGAUAGCUGUCCACAUGAAAAUGAUAUUUAUAAGAAAUAUUUUAAAUGUAGCAAGGGUAUUGUAAGUCCUCAAACCAUUGCAUUAACAGGCGCUGGGUGCUUAUCCUUCCAGGAUUGAAGUGAUCAUGCCAGGUGUGCUUUCCUGGGGAGAACAUCCCACAAACCUGGGAGCCACCACUAAAAAGGCCUGUUCUUAUGUUUCUACCCUCCACACCUAUGGGGCACAUGACAAAGGGCUGAACAGGGAUUUGAACCCAAGUCUCCCUGGUCAACCUGGUUUAAUUCUCUCUUAGUCUCACUAUUGAUAUCCUUCUGUGAUACAAAAGAAAAUUAGGUAGAUUAGGUAGAUUCCUUUUAAGAGGGGUUGAGUCUCUGGCCUGCUUCCUAGCGACUGAGGUAAAAUCCAAGAAAAGUCUGUGUAGAUUUCUUGCCUGAUGUGUGAGGGUUUCUGGUUAAUGCCUAGAGGCAUCAGCAGUGGGGGAAAACCCUGACGGAAAGAGGCUUUGCAGACUAUCUUGAGGGCUGCUCAGAACUUCAAAUGGAAAAAACCCAUCAAUCACGUCACAAAUUUGCUGGAUGGAGGGAAAUGGCUGCUUCUUCAGAGGAGUGUGUUCUGAUGUCAGUGGGAUGCAUCUUAUUCUCUUCUCUCCCCCCCCCCCCGACAUUGGGUUUUGGAUGGAGAUCCUGUGGCUCUCUCAUUAUGGGCAGCCUGCAAGCACGAUGUGUGUGUGUGUGGUCAUGUGAUGCCCAUGACAAGUUACCUCAGAUUUGCAAAUGUGCCCAUGGACCCAAAGAUUAUUUCAUAUUAUAACCAUUGCCCCUUCAGUGGGUUAACAUUUGAUGUUUUGAAGUUUCGGGAUGUUUUUCGGUCACUUGGGGUCGGGUGGCGAGGAUGUUUCUGGCCAGGCGCUGGUGUGCAGAAACACUUGAGAACCGUCUUUUGCGAUAAGGAGGGAGCUGAAGAAUUCCUUGUGGAAUGUGAAGUCAUUAGACGCUGUCCAUUGGUUUUUUGUUUCGUUUUUUCUCUUUGCAAGAUUGCGGGACUGUGGCCCUGUCCCUACAUUCCUUCUCUGAGAUUCGCCAUCCUGGCCAAGACUCUAUUUCACUAGUUUUUUCCUUCCCUCAUUCUUUUUUUAUGUCAUUUGGGGGGAAAUCUCCCCCCACCCUGCUUGGAAUGCCUCUUGCCUGCUCGCUGUGGAAUGGUGAGCGGCUGAUUUAUGUGGGAAGUGCCUGCCGAGGGGGACGUGGUUUGUGGCCUGCCCAUUCCCAAAUGAUUCUUUAAUGGGAAUUUUGGCACAGAGAGGAGCCAGGCUUCUGUCUGUCAUGGGAAAACUCUUCCUCUCUCACACAUCAGGCUUCAGUCACUCUCUCUGGAAUUGACUGCGGAAUGCCAGAGCAACUGAUUUUUCAUUUCAUUUUAUAAAUCAUUCUAUAGCAGGGCUGUGAGGCCUGCAGUCUUCCAGAUGCUGCCGGACUACAACUCCCAUCACCCCUGACCAUUGAUUGUGCUGGCUAGGCCUGAUGGGAGUUGGAGUCUAUCCACGCCUGGAGGUCCCGCAGGUUCUCCAGCCCUGUCCUACAGCAAGCAAAGAGCCUUGAACGAAGAAUUUCCCCAAGGAAGGACCAUCUUGCUCUUCAAUGUGAAUCCUGCAAGACCAGCUCCCUUCCUUGCUGGCCUCUUUCUGCCUGGUUGGGAGGGAGGGGCACUGACUGACUGACUGACUCCAGCUACAAAAGUUGAGGCUGGCAAAGAGGCCAAUACCAUCUUGGUUGAGAGUCCUUCACAACCUGCUUCUUGGGAUGCUUACAGACUCUUGGGGUGGGGUAUUGAUUAGGGGUGUUUGUUGGGGUCAAGAUUUAAUUUUGGAGCUGUUAAUUUUGAUGUUCUUUAUGAUUUUUUUUGUAUCUUUAUUUGUAGAUCUUAUUAUGACUUGUGUGGGGAUUGUUUAACUUUGUGGCGCACAUUUCGAUAUGUUUUUAUUUAUGGCUCACAACUGCUUUUGUUACAUUGUUGUAAUCAUGUAAAUCUUUCCAAGUUGUAAGCCGCCUUGAGAAUGGAAUAACGUUAUGGUAUAAUAAUAACAAUUUUAUUAUUUAUACCCCGCCCCUCUGGCUGGGUUUCCCCAGCCGCUCUGGGCAGCUCCGAACAGAAUAUUAAAAAUACGAUAAAACAUCAAACAUUAAAAACUUCCCGAUGCAGGGCUGCCUUCAGAUGUUUUCUAAAAGUCGUGUAGUUCUUUAUCUCCUUGACAUUUGAUGGGAGGGUGUUCCACAGGGAGGUUGCAACAGCCAAGGCAGAAUACAAACAAAUGAUGAUGAUGAUGAGAAGGGAACUUUGGAGGGAACUGUGGGAUAUUUUAGGAUGCUUUGUCCCAAGCUGUCAAAAACAGCACAGCCAGUAGAUUAAUUCAUUUACAGCCUUCCCUGGCCUCAUGCCUUUCAGAAUAUGCUGGACUCCAAAUCCCAUCAGCCCCACCCAGCAUGCCCAGUUGUUGGGGGUUAUGGGAGUUGUAGUCCAGCAACAUCUGGAAGUUCUACUGCCACCAUUAUAGAAGGAAGUUAAUGAUCACAGUUGCCUUGGGUGGACUUUCAUUGUUCACAAACCAUUUUGUAGCAAAUAACGUUAGUGCAAUUCCGCUGUACACAAUUCUUCCUGGCUCUUGUCUCAUGCCCGGUCCCUUUCACCGGCUCUCUUUUAUUUCUUGCAGCGAGGAGAGCUACAUGGUUCUCAACUACGCCAUGCUUGACCAGCUUUCGGUGGACAAAAUUGAAAACCCGGAUGCUCCCUCUUCUCCCCCCGGCAAGCCGGGUUCGAGUGGUGCAUUCCGCUUUGGCCACUUGUUCCGUGUGACCAUGAACAAGGACAGCGAAGGCAAGCGGGAGGCGAUAGUGCUGGCCGCAGAAUCCCUGUGAGUAUUGGUUUGAUUGGUGCAGAGGGCUGGCAUCACCGGGCACCUUCCAGGGCAGUUGUGCCCAGUGGGUAGAGGGCACGUGAUCAAGCAGAGGUGAAGGGGAAGGUGGGCACUGGAGAGAUUUCUGUUCUUGCUUGUGGGGAGUGGCUGUUUGCACCUGACUUUCCCUACCCUUCAGCCCUCUGUGCCUUCAUGGGAUGAAGCCUUGUGUCCAUCCAGCUCAGUAUCAUCUACACGGACUGGCAGUUGUUCUCCAGGGUUUCGGACGGGGGACAUUCUCAGCCCCUACCUGCAGACGUCGAGGAUUGAACCUCUGACCUUCUGCACGCAAAGCAGAUGCUCCACCACCAAUCCAACCAGUCUUUGCAGGAACUGUGUAACAAAGAGCUAGUGCAGGGGUGGAGAAGUUGUUGGAUGUUGUUGGACUACAACUCCCAUCGUUCCCUGCCAGCAUGACCAAUGGCCAGGCAGUAUGGGCAUUGUCCAACAACAUCUGGGGGACACAGGUUCCUCAUUCCUGAUCUUGAGUUUGCUUUCUUCCUCUUCGCUUCCAUCCUUCAUUCCUCUAUAUUUGUCUAAGCCUGAAGGUAGUGGGGUUUAUAUUUGCAAGGCACCUUGGGGACCUAUUCCCAGUGGGAUUACCGUAUUUUUCGCUCAAUAAGACGCAGCAGACCACAAGAUGCACCUAGUUUUUGGAGGAGGAAAACAAGGAAAAAAAUAUUCUGAAUCUCAGAAGCCAGAACAGCAAGAGGGAUCGCUGUGCAGUGAAAGCAGCAAUUCCACUUGCUGUUCUGGCUUCUGGGAUAGCUGUGCAGCCUGCAUUCGCUCCAUAAGACGCACACACAUUUCCCCUUACUUUUUAGGAGGGAAAACGUGAGUCUUAUAGAGCAAAAAAAUACAGUAAUUGCAUUAAAUAUAUAGGAUUGUAGCCAACCUUAGUCCUACUAAUGAUAUUUUACUGUGCUUGAUGUUUUAAUCUGUUGGAGGCCGCCCAGAGUGACUCAGGCAAACCAGUCAGAUGGGCAACAAACAAACAAACAAAUAUUCAGAAUAGACCCACUGAAAUUAACGACCAUGCCUAACUUGGGUCCGUUGCUUUUAGUGGGUCUGCUUUGAGUAGGACUAACACAGAAUACAUCCCAUAAUGCUUAUGUUGUUACAUGCCACCCCAGUCUCUGAGGAGUGAGAGACACCAGGGGUCCUAAGGGUUUUUCCCAGGGUUCAGUUUCCUUGGAAUGAAAGUCACCAGAGAUGGUGAUUCCUUUAGAAUAUAUUGUUUUAUUUGCACAUCUAUACAACCUGAGCAUAGGAUGGAAGGGCUCACAGCAUUAACUUCCCAACAGAUAUUGCUUCUCCAUUAGGUUUCCUUUGGGAAGCUGCAAAGUCCAGCAUGGAGCAAGUAAGUCUCUGUGUAUCCAGCUUCCAGACUGCUUCACUCUCCUUCGCCAAACUCUGGCCUAUUGUUCUCUAAUGUAGCAGCCCACCUGUUUUCCUCUAUGGCAACAGAGCAACUUCUAUGGUCAUGCUAAAUCACGGUACUUAACAGCCAAAGCCAUUGACUUUAUGAAGGAACUGGUUUGGCAAGCUUGCUUUUAUGCAUUCUACCCAGACAGAUACAGGAUCUCAAGAACUGGAAGGGACUUGGGGGUAUCAUCCAGACUGACUGCACACUCGCCAAACUCAUAACAAUAUAUUUGCUCUGUAAAUCCUUUGAAUUCUGUGCUUUUGGCAGGAGCGACCGUGCCCGAUGGAUCAGAGCUUUGAUGCACAGGGAAGACAAGGAGAAGGACACUGCCAACAAAGGAGGUACAACUUAUUAUUAUUAUUUGAAAAUCUAGUGCUUCUCUUAAAAAGAACUUGCUGUAUUUAUGGAGAGCUGAAUUGAGUCUUGAAUCAUGGCUCUAAAACAGGGCUGGAGCUCCUUCCCUCCACCCCCUUGUUGUUGGAUUCUAAAGAUGUCAUUGUCCCCCUCCAGGGCUGGAUGAAGUGGUUGCAUCCAGUGCUGUGCUUAUAGAAUCAUAGAACUGUAGAGUUCUGGGGGGUCAUCUAGUCCAACCCCCUGCAAUGCAGGAAUCUCAGCCAAAGAAUCCCCAAUAGAUGACCGUCCAACCUCCAGUGAAGGAGAGUCCACCACUUUCCCAAGGCGUCUGUUCUAUUUAAUGGUACACUGGUUCCACUGGCAAAAUCCUUUGCAACUGUGGAAUGUUGUUGCCCAAGAGAACAUUUAAGCAGGUUUCUAGAGUGCACAACAAGCUCCUGCGCCUUCCUUUGGAUUCCUCUGUUGUGCAGUAUUAAAACUUGCCUUAUCUGCGACUGCAAAAGCCCUUGUUCUAGUGGAUGGAGAUCACUGGGUAUAGUCCAUCCUGAGGCCCUAAGCCCAGGGCUAGCCAACAUGCUGCCCUCUGGGUGUUUUUGCUGGACUACAACUCCCAUCAUCCCUGACCAUUGACCGUGCUGGCAGGGGCUGAUGGGAGGUGUAGUCUCAUGAUGUCUGGAGGGCAGCACCUUGGCCGUGCCUGUCGCAAGCUAUUAACAGCAGCAGCAUCAUAAUUAUUAUUAACGUCGUUGUUAGCAGUGUUAGCAUUUAUCGGUUGCUUUUUCCAUAAGAGGUGACCCAAAGCAGCUUACAAAAUGGUGCAAAUGUUAGGCCCGAUGUAUAACAACCAGAACCAAAUGAAAACCUAAAACCACCUGUCCGUUUUAUAUAUAAAAGGCAGGUCAGACCCAGAGCCCCCCACCCCACUGGAAGAUUAAAAAAAGGAGCCAUAAGUAAUACCUAUUGUCUUCCAGAUAAAGGGUCUAAAUCAUGGAUUAAAAUAAAGGGUUUUUGCUUGGCAUCUAAACAUAGAUGAUGUUUCAAGUUACAUUUUUAAAACAAGCACCUUCUGGAUGUUCUCACCUGCUUCCUCAAAGAACAGGCUAAUGUAUUGGGCUAGUUUUGAAGCGAGCCUGAAGGUGCUUCUCACUGCAAAGGAUCAAAAGAAUCUGGGAGUAUUCCAACCCCUUACCUGAAAGAGGGGAGCCGUUCAGGCAGUUCUGGUUCUCUGCAAGGGAGGGUGUUGGUCUUGGCUCUGCCCCUUUAAGAGAUACCUGGCCCUCUGUUCUCCCUGAUCUGAGGGGGAGGGGGAGAGGAGUGGGGAGGACAGUGCUAAACAAGGAAUGUGGCUUUUUCCACCCUUGAGUGCAGAGAGCAAAAAUCCAAAAAGGAACUGAGAUUGGUGCUCCCUCUGGUGGUUCAUGCGGCGUUUGGCUGUCUAGGGAAGAGCUCAGUUCGAGAGAAUAUAGCAAGUUGACUUUCUGUUGUUGCAAAUGUUCAGUGUUUGCAGGAAAUGGGGCACUUUCAUUCCUCCACCCCCGGGAUGCUGCCUUAUGCUGAGCCUGCCCUUUGGUCCAUCUAACUCAUAGCUCAGUUGGUGGAGCAUGAGACUUUUAAUCUUGGGGUCAUGGGUUCGAGCCCCACUUGGGCAGAAGGUUCCUGUGUUGCAGGGGGUUGGACUAGAUGACCCUCAGGGUGCCUGCCAACUCCACAGUUCUUUGAUUCUGUUAUGUGCAGUGUGGCUCUUCAGGGUUACAAGCCUGCCUGGACUUGCUUAGGGAUUGAACCUGGGACCUUCUGCAUGCAAAGCAUCUGCUCUGUCACUGAGAUGCAGCCCCUCUCUUUGUUGGCAGCAGGCUAGGCAGGAAGCCAACAGGUUAUACAGACCAGCAUUUUUUUCAUUUUAAUAUGCUGGUUUGCUUUCCAAGGAAAACCCAAAGUGCUUGAUGUUCAGUUAAUGGAAAGUAUCGGAAUGGAAAGUCAAUACAGUGGUGCCUCGGGUUACAGACGCUUCAGGUUACAGACGCUUCAGGUUACAGACUCCGCUAACCCAGAAAUAGUACCUCAGAUUAAGAACUUUGCUUCAGGAUGAGAACAGAAAUCGCACUCCGGCAGCAGCGGGAGGCCCCAUUAGCUAAAGUGGUGCUUCAGGUUAAGAACAGUUUCAGGUUAAGUACAGACCUCCAGAAUGAAUUAAGUACUUAACGUGAGGUACCACUGUAGUUCCAAGAGCCAGAUAGAGAAGCCUUGAUGUAUAGUGGUACCUCGGGUUACAUACACUUCAGGUUACAGACUCCGCUAAUCCAGAAAUAGUACCUCGGAUUAAGAACUUUGCUUCAGGAUGAGAACAGAAAUCACGCUCCAGCAGCAGCGGGAGGCCCCAUUAGCUAAAGUGGUGCUUCAGGUUAAGAACAGUUUCAGGUUAAGAAUGGACCUCCAGAACGAAUUAAGUUCUUAACCCGAGGUACCACUGUAUAAUGAAACCAUAGCAUAGCCUCAAAACAGAAAACAAAAACCAUGGCAUCAAAAUAGAAAGCAAGUUUCAUCUAAAUUCAUGUCAAUGCAAGCUAUGGAUCUGAACUUAAAAGCCGUGUUCUCCCUCCACUAUUUAAGGCAGUAUCUUCUGAAUACCAGUCGCUGUGACUUGCAGGCGGUGAGAGUUGCUGUUUCACUCAGGUCCUGCUUGCGGGCUUCCCAUAAUGAGCAUCUGUUUGGCCACUGUGAGAACAGGAUGCUGGACUAAUUGAGCCAUUGGCCUGAUUCAGCAGCCGGAAUCUCCGUAUGUGAUUGAUUCACUAAUGUCUCAAAGUCUCCCUGCUUGACCAGCUUCCCCAAAUCUCUGCCUGCUCCCCAGAAGUCAGCCAGAAUCUGAAUGUUAAUGCAGUGUGGGAAUAACUAUCGCUCUCGAAAGUCUUUUGCCUGCCAUACUGAAAACUGUGCGGUUGGAAAGGAAGAGAGGGAGAGGGGGACUUUGACAGAAGCAUUCCCUAUAUCUUUGCCCAAUAUUUCCCACGUUUCUUUGGUCCAAUGCAUUUCAACUGGACGAAGGAGGGCCCCCACAACUCGAGAUCUGGGGACCUGCCUUGCAGGCAUCAAUCCUCAGGUUCAAUCCCCACAGAUUUGAUGCUCCUCUAAUAACAAACGCAGGUGGCCCAUGCCAACAAAAAUGGAGCCACUGAGAGAUGCGAGGGGAGGUAUUGACAGAGCUUGGAAUAAUCUCAAGGUUUGCACACACUCUUAAAAGAAAGGUCCAAUGAGGAUUGAGCAUUGUGAAUAGCCGCUGAAUGUUGCCCGUUGAGCGGAGAAAGGAAAAUAGGAAGUUGAUGUGGUGGGUUUUGCCCUACUUCAGCUCCUUAGACUAGGAGUGGGGAAUCUCAGGUCCAUGGGUCAAGACUCUCAAGUCCCACCUGUCCUGCACCUGACGUCAGGUAAGUGCAGGCCUCCGAAGGAAUAAUACCAGGAGCUUAUAAUGAGCUCUCUUGAUUGUUCCUUUGCUGGAGAAUGGCGCAUUCCCAACCACCCAAUGACUGAUUUUCAUUUCACUUUUAAUUUGUAUACCAUAUUUCUAUUUCACAAUACCCAAGGCGGUUUACAAGCUGAAGAAACAAAGAACGUACGCCUUAUAACAUUCUAAUCCAAUACAAAAAUAUGAUAAGAGAACAUAACUUUAAAAUAAGCAACUUAUAUAAAAUAAAGUAAUAUUCAACAAUCCAUCAGAAUGGUAUAGAAUAAUAUUAAAUAUCAGCAUAUGAAAAUUAAACAGAAAUCCACUUGGCAAUUAUAAUAAAUAAUUUCUAAAUUAUAAUCAAUAAAACAACGGCAAGUCACAGUGCAUAAAAUAAUAAUAUUUUAGUAAUAUCGGCAGUGGGAGCAUGUCUUACUCCAGGAAAGGGUAGCAGUUUCCACUGAAUGAAGACUGCUUCUCCCUCCCUGGGUUGCUACUUGAACCUCCACUUCUCAGAGGUUCAAGAGCAGCGUGAGGUUGUUUUCACUGUGCUUUGAAGUCCUGACUAUUGGGGCUUCAAAGCAAAGCAUCACCUGAUGUCAUCGCGUUGUUGGGUGAGUGACAGGUGGGCAGUCCCACCCAUCUCCCACUAAAUGACACUGUGACAUCAAGUGAUGGUGUGCUUUGGCCUGGCAGGUGUGGGGAAAUAAUCUGCUAGCCAGAUAUAGGUUAUCCACCUGUGCCUUGUAGUAUCUUUGGGAAGGGCAUGAUUGGCAAGAACCUAGAACGAUAGAAAUUCUACUAGGACAUGAGUGCAUGCUGCAGCAUUUAUUUUUCUUUGCAGCUCCCACUUAAAUUCUUAUCAUUCAAAGGUUUUUCUGAAAGAAUAGGCGGGAGAAAGGAAUGCUUGCAUCACUCUUUCUUCUUCUUCUCUCUCUCUCUUUGCCCCUUUUGUCUCCAUGCUGCCACUCACUCUGUGUCCCUCUGUUUCUCCAAGAUCUCAAGCAGGUGGAGAUUGUACGGGCUUACUUGGCCAAGCAGACGGAUGAGAUUUCCCUCCAGCAAGGCGAUGUUGUCCUAGUCCUGACCAGGGAGGAAGGUAAGUGUGCUUUGGAAAGAGAUGGGUUUCCAGAGGUAGAUUUAUGGGACCGGUUUGAGAGGACCUGGAGUAGGAUCUGCCAGGGCUUUAUGCCCAGUUUGUAGGUGUGAUUGUGGGGUAUGUAUGUGAGGAACCUCUCCAGACCCUACUCCACACUCUUCUCAAGUGUCUUUGCUCAGCUGAAACAUGUCCUUCAGCUGUGAUGUUUGCCUGGAUGGGUGUAGAGAUCUCUGGCUUUUUAAUGGCUGGAAUCUAAGCUCCAUUUGUGCCUCUGGCUCUGCCAGCUGCUGGCCCCUGGAAGAUUACUAAUGAGGGAAUGUGGCCCUCAGGAUUUGAAGAGAGAGAGAAAUUGCCACCAGCUGUGCAGUGAAUAUUAGAAACAGGAAAAAAAUUCUUCUCUCUUAACAAAAUGCCACUUCAGAAAGACUGAGUUUAGGAAACCAUGAAUGAUAGCCUCCAUAUCCUAUAUACAGCACAAUAGAUUUUUGAAAAUUGCAAGUGUGUACAGUUACGCUGCUGUAUGGCUUCUUAAUGAUUUUUUAAAAUAAUCAUGUUUGUACUACAAGAGAUAUAAAUAUCUUGCAUUGGGAAGUCUUAGAACUAUUCCAGUUAUGAUGUUUUUUAUACCAAGGCCUAGGAUUGCAAAUGUUUGGCUGCCAAAAUGUUGAAACGCACCUGUCCAGUAAGCACUCUUAAUUGCAGUUUGACCUUUUAGUAGAAUAUAGGGAUGAUUUAAAAAAAAAAAAAAGUUUUGUAGCCUGUAUGGAAAAUUAAAAGCUUGUGUUUAUGUUUGCAGAAGCUGCAACUGAAUGUUUUAGCUUAACUUUGCUCUUUUUGAAGUGGAGGCAAUAAUGAAUGUGAUGCCAGGAGCAGUGGAUCAAGUGCCCCUUCUCUCUCCUCCUUCCAGGCUGGUACUUAGGUGAGCGUCUGCGUGACGGCGAGAAGGGCUGGUUCCCACAAACCUGUGCCCAGGAGAUCACCAACCGCAGCGCCGUGGAGCGCAAUGUUCAGCGCAUGGAACGGUUGCGCAUAGAGACAGAUGUGUGA